AUGCGGGUGAGUAGCCUGUGGUGGCUCUGGUCUCAGCGCCAUCACACAUGGCCUCCGCCAUCUUGGUUGUAGUGCCUGGGCUGCAGGUUGGGGGGCCUUGCUGCUGCGCCUAGAUGCUUUGCGAUGGUCGGGGCUUGAAGUUGAGGGCCGGGAUCACGCCCGGUCCAAAGGGGGGGGGGAAACGGGGUCAGUUCCUCGCGGGUCUGGCUCUUGGUUGAGCACUGAUGGGCAGGAUAGCGGGGCAGCGGUCGUCUGCUCCACUCACCGCUGUAGUAGGCCUCGAUUGUGCCAGUGAGGAAGCCUUCUCCAAUGGACUGAAACCCGUUGGGCCAGCCUCACACUGGAUCCAGUGUUCUCUGCCCGAUGAGGGCCACCGUUGCGGACGUUUUUUGUCUUAAUUCAUAGUUUAUGGCUUAUUUGGUCUUAGGUUGCAGGAGCUGGUCUUACUUGCGACCGUCCAGCUCGGCGGUCCGGACCCGCCCCCUUUUUGUAGAUUUCAAUAGUUAGUGUGAAUGACUUUUAAGGGAACACUUAGGCGUACAUUUAUUUUUAAUGUGUCAGUCUUUUUGGAUUUUGCUUCCCACCUGUCCCCAUUCCUGUAAAGAAAACAUUUUACUUUCCUCUAAUCCAGCCUCAAGAAGAUCUCCUCAUCACAGCUCCACUAAGCCAUUUGUGACAAUCGCCACUCUUUGCCAUAGUUCUCAGAAAAGCACUGAAUAUCCAAUUCGAGUAAGGAGGAGCCUCCUCCUGACUGUCUGACUGACCACAAGGUGGAUGCAACUUAUUGUAUUUGUAAAAAUGUCACUUAUUUUCUGGUGGUUGGCCAGCUCUGGUCAAAUUAUGUGCCAGCUCGUGUUUAGCAGAGAUGUUUGGGCCCCAGCAGCCUGGCGCCCAUUACAAAAUAUUGGAGGUGGAGCGAUGCGCCGCUUUACACCAUACCAGUGUAGUAGACAGUGAGGGCAUCAGCUGUGCACUCUCAACCAAUCAUUGCCCCUAUCACUGGUAUGAGUAGGAGCACAGCAUCAUCUCUGCCAUAUUGUAAUAGGGCAGACUGCUGGGACAUCUUUCCCAAAUGCCCACAGACUCCAGGCACCUUAACCACUUCAAGCAGUUUAAGUAGUUAUGGUGCCUACAGAGGUCAUUUGAAGGAGUGAAGAAUAGGGAAAUAACACAGGAAAAGAGUUAAUGACAGCAGCCACAGUUCUGCAGUGUCAAUCAGUCUCUGGCAACCAAUACAUGCAUGUUCGAUUAGGGACCCUGCACUACGUGAUCAAUAAACAUAAUUAAAACGACAAUGGCUAUAAAAUGACAAAGACAGUUUUAACUCCCAACAGUUCACAUUCUAGGGAGUUUUUGAGAAUUUAAAGCGAAAUUCAAAUUUCAGGGCACAAUCACCAAAUCUGAAAAUAUUUUCCCAGUCAGAAAACGUUCCCAGUUUUUAGUUUGGCUGCUGAAUUUUACUAACAACUCCUACUACAAAUAGGGCUAUUUACUAAUGUGAGAACUGAAAGUGAAUAUUUCAAAUUUAAGGCCAGAUAUGGAUGAGAUGUGGAAUUUUCCUUGUUCUAUUUUGACCUAAAAUUUGAAUUUUCCUUUGACUGCUCACGUUAGUAAUUAACCCUCUGAUUGUUAACAUACUGGUUGUAUUUUCUAAUACUGCCAAAGAAACAUGUGGCCCAUUAUCAAUACAAUGCUGCCUCUUCUGAGCAAAUGAGCAGCUCAGCACAGAUAUCUACUAGGCCUGUAAAAUACAUGCUGAAACAGGAAGACAUGUCCAGCUUUCUCUCUCUAGGACCCAUCCACUAAUGCCAGUAAGAAGGAGGAGCCUCUAUUCAGCUUCAAUGCCCUUCCUUGUCUGAGACCUGGAAAUGAAAGUAAAGAGGAAAAAAAAUAGACACAUGGGAGGAAACUGCAACCAAACGACAGUAAAGAGGUUUUUACGACAAAUAUCGUCUAAAUCCUGCUAGAAUCCUGUUAGAAUAUUCUAUGUGUCUUACUUUGUUCAGGGCUCAAAAACCAGCAGGGUGAGUAUCAUGUCCAGGAACUUGUAGAUUAAGCUACAUAUAUAAGCAUAAACAUGCUAAAUAAUAACUAUACAAAGCAUUCUAUAUCCGGAGUCAGGAAUGGGUAGCCUUUUGCCUCUGGCUGGCACGGAGGGGGGUUAAAUGGGAACAUAUGGCACAUACAUUGCACCUUUAAUUAGGUUUUGUUGGCACUUAACCUCUUCAGUGCCAUAACUGUGUAUAACAAUUCAUCCACUGUGAGAUUGUUACUAUACAGAGUGUUAAGAUAAUAAAACAGAACUUAAACCGUUUCAACGCAUAGAGUUAAAACAUAAAUGUACAUAUACAGAGAAGCACAAUUAGAAUAAUGCAAUAGAUGUGUAUUUGUAUAAAAUCCUUGCAUUCCUAUACAGACAAGACUAGACCCACAAUGACUAAUUUACUGCCUGGGCAGUGUUUAUUUUAAAAUAUCUUCCAUUUAGUUUGGAAUGCAUUAAAUGAUUUGCUUUUGAGUUUUAAUUCAUCUUAUUUAUUUCCUAGUGAAUUUGCAUUAUUUAUUUUAGUAGUUGCUGCUGCUGCUGCUGCUACAAAUUGUGCAGGCGAUCAGCUGUAUUUACUGAAAAGUCAAAGACAACCAGAAUUAUUUACUAAAAUAUGAACCAGCAAGAAUGUAACAUUUUUCAAGUUUGAGUGUUUUUUGUUUUUUUCCUGAAAUGAGAAAUUCUUAUUAUUACUAUUCCUGACAAUUCAAACUGUAGUAAACAAUGCUGUAAAUGUGUCCCCUUUGAACCUUUGUCAUGGCAGUGUCAAAACUUGGAAUGUGAUUUGGUUGUUGUGUUUGUAUGAUGCUGGAGAUGUACAGGCCAAGCAGGCUUGAGAAUAUUCUGUUCAAAAUGUUCUGUUUACUUUUAAAACCACAGCAAAUAGACUGGAUGAAUAUCUUGGAGUGAAAUGGGAGUGCCCAAAUAAAGUUUUGUUUAUAACUGACUACCCCACCCUGGGCAGCAGUGUGUAAUGUGAAGCACUAAGAAGCAUGCGAUUCGUCUGGAUACAUGUAUUUUGAGAAGUAGUGGGUUAUGUAUAAAUAAUGGUGCAAUCCGUAAUGAUAAGUAUGAUCUACUUGUCCAGGGCUCAAUAAUAUCCCAGGUCGCCGUGGCGACUAGGAAUUUUGUUCUGGUGCCUGGGUGUGUGUUAGCCCGUACCCUCUGAGGAGUGCGGCCAGGCCAAAGAGAGUGAAGGUUGGGGGUAGGGCGGGGACCAUGAGCGGUUGGCAUGCUGUUGGGAAUGGAGGCAGUGAGGGAGUUGUAAUUUUCUUACUCUGCUCCCUUGCGUGCCGUCGGGAGAUGGAAUAUGACAUCACUCCAUCCCGGCAUCACAAAGUAGCGCGAGGGAGCAUAGCAAGAAGAGCGUCAAGAUGACAGCAGCCCCACUCUGCCACAGGGAAUGCCUAUCCACUCCAGUUCUCUCAAAGGUAGGGAGGCUAGGUGGACUUAAAUUCAAUUAAAACAAAUAAUUUGUGUCUGUGUGUGCAUCAGUUUGUGAGAAUCUGUCAGUGUAUGUAUGAGUGUCUGUAUGUUUAGGUGGCCCUCCAAUCGCAUGGCUAGCACCGCCUCCAUGGUUGAGAUAAUCACGCUUGAUGAUCUCAGCUAACCCAUUGCUUUGCCAUCAGAAUGCAUUGGGAGGCUAUUGCGCAUGCGUGGCAAAACGCUGCACCAAUCAGCAUCUCCUCAUAGAGCUCUUUUGAAUCAGUGUAUCUCUAUGGGAAACGAUCAGUGUCACACACUGUGCAGCACUAACCCAGGAAGCACCUCUACUAGCCAUCUAAUAUUCAGUAAACAUGUGUCCCUCUCCUCCACCUGUCAAUCAGAGGUCUAUGGCAAGGAUUGAGUGACAGGGAACACUGGAUAAACCUGCUAUAGGUGUCACAAUGAUGUUGGCAUGGGAGGAAAUGCUGGGGGGAUAAGAGGACACUUUGACACCAAUGUGCUCGCAAUGAAGCCAGCAUGUUGUGAUCAUUAGAAGCUUGCCCCAUUUGUGGAAGUCCACAAGCAGCACCAAUCAUCCAUGUAUCCUAAAUUAGAUAAUUAGUGCUUUAGAAGAUGUAACUAAAUUUGAAGUGAAACUAUGCUCAAAUUAAGGAGCAUAAAAUUACUACUAUGCAUAAUACUUAAAAAUGUAUAGUAGUGUACAUGAAAGUCCACACCACAUCUGUCAAUCUACUAUUUUUUUCAUACAGCGCCAUACUAAAAUAGUAUGUGAAGGACUGAUUGCCAAGGAACAGCAGAGCCCUACACGUAGAAGCAAAAACUUCACAGCAACUACACGUCUUGUGAAGCAAUACAAUACAGAUGCUGUAAAAAUGAUCUAGUUCGAGACAACAAGCAUGUUGGGCAUGCUUGAAGAAUACAGAAACAAAGUGACAGGCUUCAAACACUAAUUCACUGGCAGUAAGCUGAUUCACUGGUGGAGCUGUGUCCUGCUUUGGAAAGCACUGUCUACUGUACAGCCUAUUGGAGUUUCAAGGAACACUAUAGUGCUGGGUUAAAUGUUUAGGUGCCUGCCCCCCCUCAGAAUAGCGUUAAUAGCAUUCAGAGAUUCCAUGCAGACUAUAGAGAUGCUGAAUGUAGGUCCAGCAAGGAUUGCAGGACCUAACCCAGGAAGACACUCUAAUGGCCAUCUGAGUCACUGCCAUUAGAGGUGUUCCUAGGCAGCAAAGUAAAUGUUGCAUUGCUGAACUUGCAGGGUAUGCUAUAGACACCAGAACAACUACAUUAAUCUCUAAUGGUUCUGGUGACUAUAGAGUCCCUUUAAUAGUGGGCUUUCCUAAGUCAUCACAUUAUUCCAGAACUUUAAAUCACAUGAGUGAACAGAUACCAGUGGGAACAUACCAGAGUGCAGCAGGUUAUUACAUUUGCUUCCUUACACCAGACUUUGUUGGGUUUGUUUAUUGUUGGACACCUGGUGCCUACACCUGGUGCCUACCUGGUGCCUCACUUGGUUUUAUUUCACUAUUUACUCACAAGAAUGGUUCUACGUUUCCAGCUUCACAAUAUGUGGAUCGUUUUAUACUGUGUGAGUAUCUAGUAGACUUUUGCACAGAGAAACAUCUUGUUUCAGUUGAAUUGAUAAUUCUGGGGGGAAAAAAAGCAUUUUGUCCAUGAUAUUUAUACUAACCAAAAUUGCGCCAAUCUGCAAUAUACAUUAUUUAUAUAUUUAACAGUGUAUUGAUUAAAUGCCAUUUGGUUCAACGAUCAAGUGAGAAGAGGUAACCAAUAGAUUGGGGGGGAGGGAGGAAAUGCAGAAUAAUCUACAUUUGUUUGUUUAUUAAAAAGGCAUUGUCACCGUCAUGUGAGUUUUACUUACCUGAACCUGUCCCUUGCGGCCACCGCCAUGAUUUUCAUGCCAGUCCUCUUCAGCUCCUUGCACCUUCAUCUGCAGGAAGCCAAUGUCUGUAUUGUACUUUUUCCCUCUAUUGGUCAAGUCUCACUUAAUCUGUGAAUCAAGUCACCAUUUAAUAGCUGUCCCCUACUAUCUUUGUUUUUUGGCUCCAUAGGCGGAACUCACUAAACAGAUUUAACGUUUAGUCCAUUGUCCACAUCUUUUGUUUUGUGAUUCGUCCAAAUAACAUUUUAGAUUAAACCAGGAGGUUUUAGAAUUCUAGAAUAGAAUUCACCAAAGGAACGGUCCGCACACCUGAUUCUUCAAAAAAUAAAACAACUGUUAUUUGUCAACAUUUCAGUUCAUGAUUAAAAACUUCAGGUUAUAUUUAUCAUUUUCAUUAGAGGAGGCUCUAGAGUUUUGCAAGGCCUUAGGCAAAACUCGAAUAAGAAGCUCUGGUUGAUGUUCUCACAGUGACAGCAAGGCUCUCUGACAGGGUUCAGCAACCUACGGCACUUGUGCCAUGAAUGGCACUCGGGCUGCAUCUGCACAGCACUUAAGGUUGCCAUAGAAAAACGGAUAUCUGCUAGGAAGCUCAGAUCACUUCCUCCCAGCACUUGUCAACUGCAAUGUGCACAGGAGUAGAGCAGACCGGGGCAGCUAUCGCAGCUCCUGCCCUAGACCUCUACCUGGCUAGCCCAGUCCCCACAGGAAGCCAGGGAAGCCACCCACACUGCUAGAUAUACACAAAAUUGCUGAAUAAGCCUCCACCUCAUACAAAUUAUACGAACAGCCCACACAUGCAAUACCAAAAGCAGCCCCACUCAUACCCACCAUCAAACACAUAUGUGACAAAUCACCCAGACACGCAAUUCCACAAGCAGCCCCCAUACAAAGCCCACAUUCAUAGGUAUCAUACACAAUAUCUCAAACUACUCAAGAACAUAUACAAUAUAACAGCCUACAAAAUGUACAACCCUACAAAUCAACUACAGAAGUCUUCAAUAACACAAGCAAAAUACAGCAACAUACACACCUCAAUUUUAAAAACAGGACCGACACAGCAAGGGACUUUAAGAGCUUGUUUCGGCACUGUACUCUUAAAAGGUUGAUUACCCCUGCUCUAAGAGGGACAUGAGGCAAGGCCCCAAGAAGUAUGAGGCCUUGGGCAGUCGCCUAACUGGCUUAAUUAUAGAACAGCCUCUGUAUUUCAUUUACCUUUUUUUUUCUUCAUAUGUUUAAAGCAUUAAAGGACCAUUAUAGGCACCCAGACCACUUCAGCUUAAUGAGGUGGUCUGGAUGCCUGGUCCAGCUAGAGUUAACCCUUUCUUCUAUAAACAUAGCAGUUUCAGAGAAACUGUUCUGAGAAACUGUUAUGUUUAUAGUAGGGUUAAUCCAGCCUCUAGUGGCUCAUUGGCUCAUUGACAGCCGCUAGAGGCGCUUCUGCGCUUCUCACUGUGAAAAUCACAGUGAGAAGACGCCAGCGUCCAUAGGAAAGCAUUGUGAAUGCUUUCCUAUGGACUGGCUGAACGCGCGCGUAGCUCUUGCCGUGCAUGCGCAUUCAGCCGAAGAGGAGGAGAGCUCCCCACCCGGCGCUGGAGAAAGAGGUAAGUUUAACCCCUUCCUCUCCAUCCAGCUCGGCGGGUGGGGGCACCCUCAGGGCACUAUAGUGCCAGGAAAAUGCGUAUGUUUUCCUGGCACUAUAGUGGUCCUUUAACCAGUGAGCAUUGGGCCGUUUUCAUUGAUGGUAGUCAAGUUCAUUAUUGCUCCUUAUGGUGAUUUUAUUUUUAGUUCUAAAUUCCUAUUUUGUAAGUCCUUUUUGCAUUCUCCACAUUUUGUCUUCUAAACUCUAAAGUGUUAUACUUUGCAUUCUAGCAAUAAAAAUAUUGUAAUGUCCUGGGACACUGGUAUAACAUCUUGACCAUUUGAUAUGCUGUACCUUUGCCAGUCUUACUAAAUUUAUACCUUCACAACCUCGAUCAUUUUAGAUGUAGGACUACACAUCUGCAAUCAUCUCAUCUCAAUGGCAAUAGUAACCCAGGGAUUUAAUAUUGGCCUUAAAAGGAUUUUUAAAGUCCCUAAUUUUGAUAGGAACCUUUCUUUUGUUGAAGUGUAUGUGUAUAUAUAUAAUUUUUUUUUUUCCACAGGUGUUCUUAUGGAAAGGCAAAAACGGAGCGAAGAAAUCGAGAAAGGCCUGCAGUUUAUUCAGUGAGUAUUUUUUUUAAAUUUUAUUUCAAAGAAGCAAAUUCAGUGCAGAUGACCUGCAAUAAACAGUAGUAGAUUCAAUGUGUUAUACAAUAGCAUUUGGUUAUGUGACAGCAUCAUUUUUUCCAGUGAAAGAAGUGUAAUUUAUCGGUAGAAAUUGAACAAUUAGAGCUAACAGGAGGGGGAGGGAGGAAAAGUAGUAGGUGGAUGGAAUUGAGAAGUAGAAGGCUAAUAAACAGAUACAAAGUGCCUUUACUAAAAAUGGUUUAGGUGGUUUAUUACUAGUAGUAGUAACUUUCAAGUGUUUUUGUUUUGUGUGUUUUUCUUUUUGCGUUCCCCCCCACCUCCCCUUCCCCCUCAAAUACAGUUUUAUUUAUGAAUUUCUUGGUGAUGUGUGUGUGUGUGUGUAUAUGAUCAGCAUCUCUAUAAGGAGCGGCUGAUUAGGGAGGUGAUUUCUGUGCAUGCGCAGUAUUUCUCCCACAAUGCUUCUCUGGGUGAGGUGCUAAAUCUAAAUUGGGUAGAAGAAACCCUAUUGUUAGAAAUACAAGUUUAUAUUUCUAAUGUUGGUGUUUCCCCUUAAAGGGUUACUAUAACUGUUUGUUUAACAAAGUAUUUUUAAAGGAACACUAUAGUCACCUAAAUUACUUUAGCCUAAUUACUUUUACUAACAAAGCAGUUUUAGUGUAUAGAUCAUUCCCCUGCAAUUUCACUGCUCAGUUCACUGUCAUUUAGGAGUUAAAUUACUUUGUUUCUGUUUAUGCAGCACUAGCUACACCUCCCCUGGCUAUGAUUGACAGAGCCUACAUGGGAAAAAAAACUGGUUUCACUUUCAAACAGAUGUAAUUUACCUUAAAUAAUUGUAUCUCAAUCUCUCAAUCUCUAAAUUGAACUUUAAUCACAUACAGGAGGCUCUUGCAGGGUCUAGCAAGCUAUUAACAUAGCAGUGGAUAAGAAAAUAUUAAUUAAACAGAACUUGCAACAAAGAAACCCUAAAUAGGGCUCUCUUUACAGGAAGUGUUUAUGGAAGGCUGUGCAAGUCACAUGCAGGGAGGUGUGACUAGGGUUCAUAAACAAAGGGACUUUAACUCCUAAAUGGCAGAGGAUUAAGCAGCAGUGAGGCUGCAGGGGCAUGUUCUAUACACCAAAACUGCUUCAUUAAGCUAAAGUUGUUCAGGUGACUAUAGUGUCCCUUUAAGUUCAUAAUGCCCUGUUGGGCACCAUAACCAUUGUCAAAAAUAGGUUUUUACUUACCUGGAAUCCAGCACCGGGGGAAGCUUUCCACAGCUUGUAAUGACAUUAGGGUUGCUGCGUGAAGUACAGUCACUGGCUUUUCGUAAUUAAGUCUGUUUGGACUAUUUUGAUGGCUCAGAGUGCAUGUGUGCAAUCUGAGCCUUUGAGGGAGGGUGGGAGGAUUUUUCCCAUUUUUUUCAUCUGUGGGAGGAAGUGCACAGUAGUGGGUGGGAGAGAGCAAUUUUCCCCUUGCAGGCGCUCUGCCUCCAAAGAAGGAGAUAAUUACAUCUGUUGGCAGCCUACUGUGCGCGCUGAUGUCAGACGCAAAAUAUGCACAGAAUUGACAUUAGGCAGCCCGGAACAGAGUAACAGAUAACUUCGUAUUUGCAGUAUUUAAAGCUAAAACCUUGCACAUACAUACUCCUACCACCAUCAACACUUGAAAUUACUGAAGUGGUCAUGGUGGUUGAAGUAACCCUUUUAUUGCAUUUGAUUUGGUUUUGACCACAUGUUUUGGUUUUUUUUUUUUUGGUUUGUUUGUUUUUUGGCAAAUACAUUUUUUUUACAGUAGAAUUUCACUCCUACACCUUCUUAUUGCCAUUUAAGCAUUUCCCCUCAUUUAAAAGAUGUUGCUUAGCCAGUGAGUGAUUAGUGGAAGCUGAGUGACUAACGUGACUGCCCCACAGCUCUUAUUGUCCAUAUAGUAUGGUAUAACAAGCGUUAUUAUCUGUAUAUUAUAACAAUAUUAGGAGAAGAAUGAAUGAAGGCAGUUUUCUCAAACAGGAAAGGGCCGUGCGCGCAUUCAGCCAGUCCAUAGGAAAGCAUUCUCAAUGCUUUCCCAUGGACGCUGGCGUCUUCUCACUGUGAAAAUCACAGUGGGAAGCACCUCUAGCGGCUGUCAGUGAGACAGCCGCUAGAGGCUUGGUUAAACCAUAUGUAAACAUAGCAGUGUCUCUGAAACUACAAUGUUUACAGCAGGCAGGGUUAACCCUAGAUGGACCUGGCACCCAGACCACUUCAUUGAGCUGAAGUGGUCUGGGUGCCUAUAGUGGUCCUUUUAAAGUCAUUCUUAAAGGUAACUGUAAACAGAAAAAAAUGUUUUAUUAAUAUUACUAAAAUACUUAGCUCUGUAUUAGAACUUACAAUGUGUGAUCACUGAAAUGCAAAUUAAAAAGAUAAGCAGGGAUAAACAGUUGUAGCACAAGAGGGAGGGAUAAAGACCAAAAGCACUCAGACCUUCUAUAUCUAUUCUAUCUAGGUUACUAUGUUGCAACAGUAUAUCAAAGCUCUAUUUGUAAUCUGGGAAAGAUACAUGUAGCGAAUUUAGACCGUAAGAUGUAUUUGAAGUGGAAUUUUUUCUUAAAUAUAAGAACUUGGGACUGCCUUAAAGGACCACUAUAGUGCUCUGAGGGUGCCCCCACCAUCAGGGUCCCCCUCCCGCCGGGCUCUGGACAGAGGAAGGGGUUAAAUCUUAACUUUCUCCAGCGCCGGGCGGGGAGCUCUCCUCCUCCUCCUCCUCUUCGGCUGAAUGCGCAUGCGCGGCAGGAGCUGCGCGCGCAUUCAGCCAGUCUCAUAGGAAAGCAUUUACAAUGCUUUCCUAUGGACGCUUGCGUCUUCUCACUGUGAUUUUCAUUAAGCUGAAGUGGUCUGGGUGCCUAGACUGGUCCUUUAAUUUGUUCUUCUCUGGGUUAUGCCCUACUUGACCAAUUUUGGCAAGAAUUUGAGAUUUUUUUAUAUCUCUAUAUUUUGCUGUUUUUUUUUUGUUUUUUUUCUUCUUGUAACAAUAUUAUUUUGGGUCUAUAGGUUCCCUUAUUGCGAUUUGAUCCCUCUCCAUUCCACUUUGCCCCUCUUCUGCAGCCUUCAGCUCCUCUUCCUCUGACGUCUGCAUCCAACCUCACAAUGUCAGUCAUUCAAUUCUCAUAGAGUUAGGAGCAGGUGGAUUUAACCCUAUAAUGUAAUGUAAACAUUGCGUGGUUAUAAUGACAGGGCCACUGCACCCAGGCUACUUAAUUUAGUGGUCCUUUUAUAUUAGUGGCACAAGGUUAAAAAAAAAAAAUCAUUGUCUUGCUUAAUUAAUAGAAUAUGGUGAACAUUUGACUGUGUAACUUGUUUUUUUGUUUUUUUGUUUUUUUUACCCUCUCAUUUAACAGAUCAACAAUACCAUACGGUGGAAGUCGAGAUGAAUACCAGGUAUGUAUGUAUGUAUGUAUACAGAUAGUGGUGUUUGAACAAUUAUUUUUAUUUUCUUCGAAUUGUAACCCUUCUCUGACAUGCAGAAAAAAUGGAGUAAUUAUUGGUAAUGUAAACUUUUAUAUAAAACUAAAAGCAGAAAUGUUGUAACAGCUUCUCCUUGGGAUCUCCUUCUGGCAGUAUAGGCAGACUUCUGUACGCUGCAGUCCUGCCUCCAUUUGUACAGCUGGGCCAAAUGUCAACGUCACGACGUACGUGAUGUACAAUUACGUCAUAUACUAUGCCCCUAGGCAUCUGUAGGUGUGGUUGUGACCCUAUUGACCUCACAACCCUUCAAACCUAUAGAAAACUCGGUUUAAUGGUGUUCAGUGCCCUGGUUUGGAUCCUAUUGUUUAAUAAUAGUGCGGUCUUACUGUUGUGUGUAUCUUGGCUUUGUUGACCCAGCUAUCGAUGACUAUUCUGUUCUCUGUAAUCUCUUCACCCAGCCUCUGUUAAUAGCACUAGUGCAUUUUUGACCUUGACUUCGUUGACUCUUCUUUUACUGUGUAUACAUUAAGUCUGGCCACCUUUAUGAUGCAUAUUAAUCCUAAAUAUUCAGAAUGUAGUUAUGUGUACUAAGUGAAGAACCCCAUAAAGUAAGCAUUAGUAAUUCAUGUUCUCACAUUAUGUCUAGUACUGAAGCCUUAAAUGAACACGCAUUGUACAGCGCUACAGAAUUUGUUGGCGCUUUAUAAAUAAAAAAAUAACAACAUUCCAAGCACCAUAACAACUACAGAUGUGAUCUAAGCAUGGUAUUGCAGUGCUUGGCUCAGAUUAGCUCAUAGAAUCUUCUUGCAGGAGCUUCUGGUUAGAAGCAGCAACCAGCUUUGUGGUUCAAGGGCACUCAUGGCACCAUAACCACUACAAAGCACUGUACUAGUUAUGGUGCUUGAAGUGUUCCUUUAAAUAGGUAGUUGCAACAAACUGAUUAUAAUUUUAUAUUCAUUGUAAAUUUGAUACAUGUGUAUUCUUCUCAUAAAAGUGUCUAGAACAGAAAUGGUGUAACUGUAUCCCCAUAUUUGUUAUCCCGCAAUUUUAAGUAGCCUUGCAAAAUCUUUUGUGUUUGUGUGCACUGUUCCCUAGUCUGCAUUUAGAACAGAAAGGGUAGAAUCAACUUAUUUUUUUUUAAUUUAAUUUUUUAACUCAAGAAGCUCUCAGAUCUAAAGUGUAAUGCUAUCUUGCUCACCAUAGGCUGAGGUAUUCUUUGUGUUUAAUGAAGUUUACAAUUACAGUUUGCAAAAUAAUUUGCCCAUCUGUUCGUUAAUGCCAUACUACAUUAAACGUUUUUCUUCACUAUUUAGUAGAUAUACCCGCAAAGAAAACAUACAGUUUUUUAAUUUUUUUUGUGUGCAUGUUCUCUUUGGUAGCUCAGUGGAACUAACGGAAGAGGAAGAAAUCCUCCCCAGCUGUCUCACAGCCAGGGAGAUGUUGCAGUGAGGUUUUAUAAAUGAAGACCUCGAUUUUAAUAAGCUUUCAAUAUGACUCCAUACUGUAUGAAAAACAUUCCAUAUUCCUCUGUAUGUCUUUCUGCUCGUCUUUCUGCUCAUGUGCAAUAUUUUCCCUGCACCUAGUCUAGCUGCUCAAGAUGGGUUAUAAUGGAAGCAAAAAUCGCAGAGGUUCUAAGCCUGUCCCCCUGGCUCUCAGAUGUUGAUGAAGAAUUUUUUUUCUGCGUACACAAGUUGAAGGGAUUCCACUCUUCCGUCGGGGCUUGGGUUCACGGCAGAUCACUGAACAGUUGAUUUCUGUGCACAAAAUCAAAGCAGACAGUGAAUAGCCUGAUGGCAGCCACAGUAUGAUUGCUAUGACCUUUUUGAACUGUUGCACUUAGCCUAUGUGGUUAGUGGAUCUGUGGCUGAGUCAUUCAUAAAAAAACAAAACAAAAGCCACAAACCUGAAUGCGAAGCUGUUGAUGGUGAAGUCUCUUCCUGGUGAGACUUUUUCUUGUCAUGGGGAAAAGUGUCAACAGAAGAUACAGCAAGGUUCCAAAUCACAUUUUGCCCCAUCCUGCACUACCUUUUCCUGUUCAGUUUAUAACCAUUCACAUUGCUUUUUCUCUAUUUUGUAGAUGUUUCUACGGCAGCUGGUCCUUAACUUGUAUGCUGAGGGCAAUGACACCUUUCAGGAGACUAACCUUAAGAUUGCAUUGGGCCACUACACAGAAGGACUGACUGUAGCAGAGUAUGCAGAAUCUGAUGGUCUUAGCAUUCCGCAAGAAUUGUUGUGCAAGUUGUAUGUGAAUCGAUCCUGCUGCUAUUUCUCAAUGGUAAGUUUAUGGCUACAGAUAAAACCAUGAUUACACAGCAAUUUUCUAUCAAUUAUGUUGUUUGUGUGCAUGUUUUAGGUUUGUUACCUCUGUAUUGUAUGUUAUAUUUUAAACACUGGUUUAUUAAAAACAUUUAAUAUGAUGUAUCGGUCAUAGACCUUUUAUAUUUUUUUUUAUGUAACCCCUGCAUCUCCUUCUCUCUCGACUGUCCUCUUUCGUACAAAAUCAGAAUAGUCUUUAAGUUGAAGGGGGACAAAAACACAUAUAGUAUUUAGAAAAUUGAGUUAAGUAGCCAGUGUGUUUUCUUUGUAUAAACAGCUUAAUUUCUCUAAAUUUUUUUAAGAGCUUCCAAUGAUGCUUUCCAAGUAUUCUGCCAGAGUGCUAAUCACCAUAAUCAGGAUAUCUAUGCAUUCACAGUGUCUCAAAAUAUAUAAUAUAGGUCUCAAUUUAAAGGGACACUAUAGUCACCAGAACAAUUACAGGUUAUUGAAUUUGUUCUGGUGAAUAGAAUCAUUACCUUCAGGCUUUUUGCUGUAAACACUGUCUUUGCAGAGAAAAUGCAGUGUUUACAUUACAGCCUAGUAAUAACUUUACUGGCCACUCCUCAGAUGGCUGCUAGAGAUCCUUCCUGGGUCAUGGCUGCCUAAAAUGCAUCCGAACAUUUAGUGUCUCCUCCCUCUGCAUGCAGACACUGAACUUUCCUCAUAGAAAUUCAUUGAUUCAAUUAAUCUCUAUGAGGAGAUGCUGAUUGGCCAGGGCUGUGUUUGAAUCAUGCUGGCUCUGCCCUUGAUCUGCCUCCUUGUCAGUCUCAGCCAAUCCUAUGGGGAAGCACUGUGAUUGGAUCAGGCUGCCACUUAUGAUGAUGUCAGCAUACAGCUUUUUUUUUUUUUUUUCCUGAGGCAAACAGCAUGCAGAGUUACAGCUUCAGGCUUGAAUACAGUAAGAUGUUGCUAUAUUUAUGGAGGCAUGAGGGGCCCAGGGGGGCUAGAUGGGGGUUUUAACACUAUAGGGUCAGGAAUACAUGUUUGUGUUCCUGACCCUAUAGUGUUCCUUUAAUAUUUUUCUAUAUGUUUUAAAAGUGAUUUAUGGGCACAUUUUAUUGGAGGAGAAGGAACGUGGAAGUUUAUUUAUGAAUAAAAAAUCUGGGGGGGGGGAAUUCUAAAAGUGGAAGAAUUAACAAAUGCACAAUGGUUUCAAUGGCUAGUACUGCGCUAGAACUUUGUCCCAGAAUUGCUCUUCAUACUGGUCUUAUAAGUGAGAUUCACAGCCAAGAUAAAGGCAACCAGUUCCUUUACAGAGCUAUAUACAGUUGUGUGGAUUACUACAUUUUAAUUAUUUUUCUAGACCCAACAAAUUCAUAUGUUGUUAAAUAUAGGCGGGAAGCACAGUUCCUUAUUUCUUCACCCCGCUAAACAGGUAAAUAAAAAAUAAAAUAAAAAAAAAAUAUAAAUAAAUAAAUAAAUAUAUAUAUAUAUAUAUAUAUAUAUAUAUAUAUAUAUAUAUAUAUAUAUAAUAUAUAUAUAUAUAAAUAAUAUAUAUAUAUAUAUAUAUAUAUAUAUAUAUAUAUAUACAAAGAGGGGGUUGGUUGCACUCACCUUAACAUGCAUAAAUGGGGGUGCUGCUGGGGGCCAAAGAAUACAAUACACAAGAUCCAGCGCACUCACCUAUCCACUAAACAGCAACUUCAAUGUUGAAAGAUUUUGUUUUUUUAAAAACACCUAAUCUAGGCAAAAAUAAUGGGGGUUUAGUUACAUUAUAUGAUCUACAGUGCAUUUUUUUAUAUAUAUUUGGGAGUCUAGCCAACUCCUUGGUUUUGCACCCCUCCCUGUCACAGGUGCCUCAUCCUAGGGCCCUAUUUAGCCUUGUACUGCAGAGAGCCCCAGAUGGAAUUUCUUUCCCCAAGUAGGUUAAUCUCAUAAGAGCAGACAUUAGGCUGUUAGUGUAGGACCUGCCAAAGAUGGGGUACAUUGACGUUGUGGCAGGCUUAUGCACUGUAUGAUCAUAUAAUGUAACUAAACCCCCAUUAUUUUUGCCUAGAUUAGGUGUUUUUAAAAAAACAAAAUCUUUCAACAUUGAAGUUGCUGUUUAGUGGAUAGGUGAGUGCGCUGGAUCUUGUGAUAUAUAUAUAUAUUACAUAUACACACCUUGUGCAGGUGCCUGCAUACCUUUUUAAUGAAACAUAGAAAUGCUACAUUUCUGUCUUACGGAAACCUCUCCAUCCCAUGAUGCCUUGGGCGUGGGCCUGCAUACUCAGGAAUCGAACAUAGAAAUGCUGUACACACAUGCACAAGCUUUGCAUUUUCUCCCACAGUGCCAUAUGGGUGCAUGCAACUGUUAGCUAAUUUACAUAAUUAACAGACUUUGUCCUGUAAAGUAUGUAAUUGAAAGUAUAUGAAAACAUAAAGAAUUGGUAUAACCAAUAAUACAUUUUAGUUAGCUAGCUUGUGAUAAAAUUGAGGAUGUGACAUUUCUUCAGGCAUGUAUGGCCUACCUCAGAAAUUAGGUUUACACUUCUAAACACAAAGAGAAUGGAAUGAAAGGAAAAAAGGUUUGUAUUUAUACAUUGAUUCCUAGAAGUGUUAAGAUUUGUAAAUUCAUUAGAUUUUCUCUGUAUUUUCUUUUUUUUUUUUUCUUAAGUCACAAGGUCAUCAUUUAUGCCUUUAGAUUAUCUCAUAAUGUGCUAUUCAUUAAAAUAAAAAUGUCCACUUUUAUAAAUGUGCAUGUGACAAAAAUUUCUAUUUUGCUAUAGCCUCAGACUAUUUUCUACACUUCUUUUUGCAUGUGUACUUGUCUUUGUAUAUAAAUUUAAACCGAUCAUCAUGUAAAUCUGCGUUUUUAUAUAUAUAUAUAUAUAUAUAUUUUUUUUUUAGAAUAUCUAGUUUUUGAAAGUUUCUUUACAUUAAAGGAACACCCCAAGCAUCAUAACCACUUCAGCACCUCCACCAAUGAACAUAGUCAAAAUGUUUGCUAAUGGUGAUGCAGGGAUUAGCUCAGGAGAGCUAAUGGAAGCCCCUAGCAGGAGCUUCCAGCUCUCAGUGGAGAAAGGGACUGACACCUGGCAGACCCCCGGUAAGUUAUCAACCAUGGUUAUGGUGCUUGCUGCGUUCCUUUAAUUUAAUCUUUGUUUCUUGGGCUUUAUUUUUGAGUUUUUAUUUACAGCAAAUCUGUGAUCAGUGCCGUAGGGACAACAGCACUUGGUCACACCUGACAACGUGAGAAUAGUGAGUGGUUUACUAAAACACCGCUGCUGGACUGCUGUUAGGAUAGUAGUAAAGACUGUAUUUAAGAGUGCUACCUUGUCACCAAAUGACGUGGUCUCAUCCCAAUCACUUCCGUAUUCAUUCUUAAAUGCCAUGCUGUGUAUUUGUAGAGUGGUUUAUGGUAGAUGUAAAGCAAUGGUUGUGAGGAAUAUUGAUCCAUACAGCAGUUUUUGCACCAAAUUAAUUGCUGUGUGCAUUUAAAAAACAAAAAAUAAACACAAAAAAAGGAAACUUCAAUGAGAGCUGACUGGAGAGUCCAUUAACUUGUGAAAGUUCGUCUCUUUAUUGCUUUUUUGUCUCUACCUUGUUCUUUAUUAGUAUAUAGCGUUUAAUCAUGUUUGCCAUGGUCUAAUUUUACCAGUUUUACUAUUUGUGUGUGUUUAUAUAUUCUCUGUAACUACAAACAUAAUUAAAUAAUGCUUAUUGUGUAACUAUAUCAUCCAGGCACUACAAAUGUUUGUGUACAACACAAAUAUGGGAGUACGGCUCUAGAUAUAAAAUAAAAAAAUAUUAUAGUGUACCAUUUAGUAGAUAAACAACUUAAGUAACCAAAUUCACUCACAAGAUGUAGGAAUUGGCAUGCGUUAAAGGGAUCCUCCCCUGGUGAUGUUAAGGGGCCAAGGAACAGCUCCUUCCUUGCUGUACAGAGGUGCUGUUUCAGGAAGGCUUCAAUGCACUUUGUUCUUGUUCAAAGCAAAUUUAUUCCAGCAUAAAAAAUAAAAUACAGAUAGCAAUUGAAGGUCCUAUGUGUCUCGCUCGCAAUCUGUGAUGCGUUUCGACUUCCUUAGGGACCAUGAAAGUAAUCAAAUAAAAGUAAAGAAGUAUAUACAAAAUGCAACAUGAAACCCUCCGACACCAUCCCUGUAGGUGGUUUAUCUACUAAAUGGUGUUAUACUAUUCUAUUGUUUUUCUUUCUUUAUAUAAAUAGCUUAAUUCCUACAUUAGAGUACAUUUUUAUAUAUUUUACAAUUGCUGGAAGAUUUUGUGUGUGUGUGUGUUCGUUCUCAGCACUCGAGCUCUCAGCCUUUUACUCGCUCCGGUGCAAUCUCCAACCAAAUAUAUAAUCCAAGUAGAGAGCACUCUGGAGUCUUAAUAAUAAUAUCAAACUGUUGCUUAAUUAAGCAAAUACAGUGGUACAUGUAAAUAAGUCGAUGUUUCAGUCUAUUCUUGAUAAAAGUCUGAAUCAAGACAAUCAUUGUCUUAAAAAAAGUCUGAAUAGACUGAAUCGUCGACUUAUUUACGUGUACCAAUGUAUUUGCAACAGUUUGAUAUUAUUAUUAUUAUUAACUCUACUUGGAAUAUUAUAUAUAUAUAUAUACACACACAGUUGCAAGAAAAAGUAUGUGAACCCUUUGGAAUGAUAUGGAUUUUUGCACAAAUUGGUCAUAAAAUGUGAUCUGAUCAUCAUCUAAGUCACCACAAUAGACAAUCACAGUCUGCUUAAACAAUAACACACAAAGAAUGAAAUGUUGCCAUGUUUUUAUUGAACACACCAUGUAAACAUUCACAGUGCAGGUGGAAAAAGUAUGUGAACCUCUAGACUAAUGACAUUUCCAAGAGCUAAUUGGAGUGAGAUGUCAGCCAACUGGAGUCCAAUCAAUGAGAUGAGAUUGGAGGUGUUGGUUACAGCUGCCCUGCCCUAUAAAAAAACACACACCAGUUCUGGGUUUGCUUUUCACAAGAAGCAUUGCCUGAUGUGAAUGAUGCCUUGCACAAAAGAGCUCUCAGAAGACCUACGAUGAAGAAUUGUUGACUUGCAUGAAGCUGGAAAAGGUUAUAAAAGUAUCUCCAAAAGCCAUGCUGUUCAUCAGUCCACGGUAAGACAAAUUGUCUAUAAAUGGAGAAAGUUCAGCACUGCUGCUACUCUCCCUAGGAGUGGCCGUCCUGUAAAGAUGACUGGAAGAGCACAGCGCAGACUGCUCAGUGAGGUGAAGAAGAAUCCUAGAGUGUCAGCUAAAGACUUACAAAAGUCACUGGCAAAUGCUAACAUCCCUGUUAGCGAAUCUACAAUACGUAAAACACUAAACAAGAAUGGAUUUCAUGGGAGGAUACCACAGAGGAAGCCACUGCUGUCCAAACAAAACAUUGCUGCACGUUUACAGUUUGCACAAGUGCACCUGGAUGUUCCACAGCAGUACUGGCAAAAUAUUCUGUGGACAGAUGAAACCAAAGUUGAGUUGUUUAGAAGAAACACAACACUAUGUGUGGCGAAAAAAAGGCACAGCACUCCAACAUCAAAACAUCAUCCCAACUGUGAUUUAUGGUGGUGGGGGCAUCAUGGUUUGGGGCUGCUUUGCUGCAUCAGGGCCUGGACGGAUGGCUAUCAUCGAAGGAAAAAUGAAUUCCCAAGUUUAUCAAGACAUUUUGCAGGAGAACUCAAGGACAUCUGUCUACCAGCUGAAGCUCAACAGAAGAUGGGUGUUGCAACAGGACAAUGACCCAAAGCAUAGAAGUAAAUCAACAACAGAAUGGCUUAAACAGAAGAAAAUGUGCCUUCUGAAGUGGCCCAGUCAGAGUCCUGACCUCAACCCGAUUGAGAUGGUGCGGCAUGACCUCAGGAAAGCGAUUCCCACCAGACAUCCCAAGAAUAUUGCUGAACUGAAACAGUUCUGUAAAGAGGAAUGGUCAAGAAUUACUCCUGACCGUUGUGCACGUCUGAUCUGCAACUACAGGAAACGUUUGGUUGAAGUUAUUGGUGCCAAAGGAGAUUCAACCAGUUAUUAAAUCCAAGUGUUCACAUACUUUUUCCACCUGUACUGUGAAUGUUUAGAUGGUGUGUUCAAUAAAAACAUGGCAACAUUUCAUUCUUUGUGCGUUAUUAGUUUAAGCAGACUGUGAGUGUCUAUUGUUGUGACUUAGAUGAUGAUCAGAUCACAUUUUAUGACCAAUUUGUACAGAAAUCCAUAUCAUUCCAAAGGGUUAACAUACUUUUUCUUGCAACUGUAUGUAUGUAAUAUAUAUUGCCAGUGAACUAGAGCUUGGCUCUGUUGUAGUAAUACUUUUACAUAAUAUGCUCUGUAAAUAAAUAUAACCUGUAAAAUGGCACAGCACGUAGCUAACUUAUUGGUGGUACAUACAUCUGACUUCUGCCAACUCUGCAUCCAGUCUGUUGCAUGUAUCCCCACUGUUAUGCAAGUUACUUUUUUACGUGUAUAUAUUCAGAGUAAUAUUUGAGUUCUAUUUAUAAAAGAACAAAAACAUUCGGUCCUGAUUUCACUCUGAAAUGUUUUCUCCACUGAUUAAGAUUAUACAUGUCGUUGUGCAGGGUCUGUUCGAGAAGUCGUUGGAUGAUAGUGAACAUGCUCUGAGUUUGGACAAGGAGAACAUGCGAGCAUUAUAUCGCAAGGCCAAAGCACUGUACAAGCUUGACAAGCAUCAGGAGGCUUAUAGUUGCAUUAGCCACAGGUUGCUAGUGCUAGUGCAGGUAUACCAACGGCACCAGAUAAUUGUCUUUUGUCUGUCUUCUAGAAGGGAAAAAUAACACCUGCUCCAAUUUGUUCUCUAGGAUGAAAGCGUGACGGAACUGGCUCAAGAGCUUGUGCUGAAAUUGGGUUUAAAACAGCGGAAAGCAUACAAGAGACCACAGGUAUGAAUCAUGGAUUUUCCAUCUCUUACAGUCCCAUAGGUUUAAUGUGUGGUAACAGACAGCCUUUAUAAAAUAUUGGAUACAAUGUGUUCAGUAAGCUUUUUACUUGUACAAAUCAGAGUUGAGAUGGACCACCCUCCAUUAAUUACAGUGGAGUGGAUUUACAGUCAUUUCAUUUUGCUAAUGCUGUAUGUUAUGUUAGAUAUGCAUACACUUCAGUGAUUGUCUACUAAUUGUACCAGAAAGUUCACCUAUCAUCAUUUACAUACUAUAACCAUACCAAGCUGUACAAUUAGUUUUAAAGAGGCACUCUAAGAUACAUAACCACACUCUUUGUUAUGGAUGGUGCUAAGAGUCUGUGUUAGUUCAGCUCUGUUAUCGAUGUUGGAUAGAUUUGCAGUAGAUUCUGGCAAAAUCAGAUUUUUUUUAAAAUUAUCAUUAUGGCGUUCUACAGAUUCCCCUACUGUUCUCCAUCUAUACUGCCUCCCUUGGUAAACUCAUUAGCUCAUUUGGCUUCCAAUAUCAUUUCUAUGCAGAUGACACGCAGAUCUACCUGUCCUCCCCUGAUUUCUCCCUGUCCCUUUUGACUAGUGUCUCUGACUGCCUCUCUGUUGUUUCUAACUGGAUGGCUGCCCACUUCCUUAAACUAAACUUGACCAAAACUGAAAUUCUGGUCUUUCCUCCCUCAAGUGUUGUUACUCCUGUGUCUGUCUCCCUCCAAGUCAACGGUGCUACCAUCAGCUCGCUGCCUAGGUGUUCUCUUUGACUCCUACCUCUCCUUCAAGCCUAAUGUUAAAUCUAUCGCCAAAUCCGGUCAUUUCCAUCUCAAAAACAUUGCGUGCAUCCGCCCCUACUUAACGCCAGAUGCAACUAAGAUAUGUAACAGGGUUGAUGUUCCAGGAGGGAUAAGCCAAAUGACAAAUGAUUUAGGUAAACUAGAAAAAUGGUCAGAAUUGUGGCAACUGACAUUUAAUGUGGAUAAGUGCAAGAUAAUGCAUCUUGGAUGUAAAAACCCAAGGGCAGAGUACAGAAUAUUUGAUAGAGUCCUAACCUCAACAUCUGAGGAAAGGGAUUUAGGGGUGAUUAUUUCUGAUGACUUAAAGGUAGGCAGACAAUGUAAUAGAGCAGCGGGAAAUGCUAGCAGAAUGCUUGGUUGUAUAGGGAGAGGUAUUAGCAGUAGAAAGAGGGAAGUGCUCAUGCCAUUGUACAGAACACUGGUGAGACCUCACUUGGAGUAUUGUACACAGUACUGGAGACCGUAUCUUCACAAGGAUAUUGAUACCUUAGAGAGGGUUCAGAGAAGGGCUACUAAACGGGUUCAUGGAUUGCGGGAUAAAACUUACCAGGAAAGGUUAAAGGAUCUUAACAUGUAUAGCUUGGAGGAAAGAAGAGACAGGGGGGAUAUGAUAGAAACAUUUAAAUAUAUAAAGGGAAUCAGCACAGUAAAGGAGGAGACUAUAUUUAAAAGAAGAAAAACUACCACAACAAGAGGACAUAGUCUUAAAUUAGAGGGAAAAAGGUUUAAAAAUAAUAUCAGGAAGUAUUACUUUACUGAGAGGGUAGUGGAUGCAUGGAAUAGCCUUCCAGCUGAAGUGGUAGAGGUUAACACAGUAAAGGAGUUUAAGCAUGCGUGGGAUAGGCAUAAGGCUAUCCUAACUAUAAGAUAAGGCUAGGGACUAAUGAAAUUAUUUAGAAAAUUGGGCAGACUAGAUGGGCCGAAUGGUUCUUAUCUGCCGUCACAUUCUAUGUUUCUAUGUAACUAAGGUGUUGGUCCAUUCCACUGUCCUUUCUCGCCUUGACUACUGUAAUCCGCUUCUCAGUGGUCUUAAGUGCUCCCAACUUGCGCUGUUACAGUCCAUAAUGAAUGCGGCGAAGCUCAUCUUCCUGUCCGCCCGCACCUCCCAUGUCUCACCCUUCUGUCAGUCCCUACAUUGGCUUCCUAUAAAAUAUAGAGCUCAAUUAAAAAUUCUGGUUCUUGCUUUCAAAUCUCUACAUAAUGCUGCUCCCACCUAUCUUUCCUCCCUUAUACACAAGUAUGUCCCGUCUAGGCCCUUACGAUCUGCUGAAGACUUACGUCUAUCUUCUGUCCGUACUCCCACCUCUGAUGCUCGCCUUCAAUAUUUCUCAAGGGCUGCACCGUUCCUGUGGAACUCUCUUCCCUCCUCCGUUAGAUGCUCACCCUGUCUCUACUCCUUCAAAAAUUUUUUAAAAACCCGCUUUUUCAUAAAAGCGUAUAAAUUAAACUGUUAAUAGCUCCUGACUGAUUCCUCUUCUGCAACUUUCACUAGACUAAUACUAUCCUUACCUUUUUGUGUCUUUUUUUUACCCCACUCCCUCUAGCAUGUAAGCUCAUUGAGCAGGGCCCUCAACCCCUCUGUUCCUGUGUGUCCAACUUGUCUGGUUACAACUACAUGUCUGUUCGUCCACCCAUUGUAAAGCGCUGCAGAAUUUGACGGCGCUCUAUAAAUAUCAUAAUAAUAAUAAUAAUAAUUCAUGAUGCAUCCAUAAAGGGAUGCUUUAGUUUAAUGAAGCAGUCUUGUUGUAUAGAUGAUGCUCCUACAGAGUCUCUGCUCAGUUUCCUGCCCUUAAUGAGCUAAGUUACUUUUUUUAUGCAGCCGUAGUCACACUAGUUACUCACACAGCCUCCAUGAAGAAGGCAUAAUUUUCAAUCUGAUCUUACAGCACAGUGUGUAAGAAGAUAUUAUCUAAUGCUAUGGUAAUUGAAUUCAAAUCACAAACAUAAGACUAUUUAAUGCUCUAGCAGACAAUCUACAAAGUAUGACAUUGGGAAUUUCUACAUUAAACACACUGUGCAGUUGUGAGUGGAGUUUGUUUAAUGACCACACACCUGGUUGGGGGAUGUUAUUUUUUAUUUUCUCUCCAUUCUCCAUUUGUUCUGAACUCCAUGUCUUCUAUGUACCUUUGUAAUACUUGUUCUGUGAUUGCUGUACCUAUCUACCUUGUCAUCAUCUUUUGAAAACCCUCAAUAAACUCUGAUUGCCAAAUACACCCUGGGCAAUAAGUGACGUUUAAAAAUUUUGAUUUCUUUUUCAUAAAGUGUGUAUGGAGGUGUAGCUAGGGCUGCUUAAAAGAGACUUAACUCUUGAAUGACAGCGAGUUGAGAACUGAGGUGGGAUGAUCUAUGCAUCAAAGCCACCAUAAUCUGUUAAAGUUGUUUUGGUGCAUAGUGCCCUUUAAUUUAUGUCAAAUGCUUCAUAACAGUUUGACACGGGGGCGGGACCGGACCGCCAUGCUGACCGGUCGCAUGCAGGACAGGCUCCGGAGAAAUCUGGCCUGUUAAGCUAAAAUUUACAGUCCUGGUACUCGACAUGAGUCCACAAGACACUCACUCAGUGGUGGAAGAGGCGGUGGACACCGAGAUCGGGAGUUUUGGGUCCCCUGAGGGAAGCACGAAGCUUCGGGAGCUGCGGGGUGGACGGCCACUGCCCUGCCUCCCUUCCCAACUGCCACACACCGCUUUCUGAGAGGCUUACCGGUCCUGUUUCUCCUCCCUCCCCUCUGUGGGCCGGGGGGUCAACCCUGUCCCCACCGCGGAAAGCUUGAGAUAAGUGGAGAAUAGGCAGCAUGAGACCCCCAAGGCCUACCUUACAAGAUGGCGGCAACAUCAAGCUAUGUGCAAUCACACCACCCACCGCGACGAACGACCGCAAAGCAAGUCCAGCGAGACCUGCCGGAUAAAGCAUGUAAACAUCGCAUGCCGUUCACGUAGCUACAUCGCAGCUCAGUUGUGCCUCACAACAACCGCGGAGGGCUGGUCCGGGCAGGUUCACGGAUCCCUGGUAUCCUCCCAGCCUAACAAAGAGUCCACCGACCCGGGAACCUUGCUCUAGCCAUGCAUGGCGUCAGAUGAAGGGAGAACAGGACUUUGUCUCUGGAAUGGUGCCUGACUAUCACAUCUGACUCCAACACCUGCUGAGUACUUGUUUUGUUACUUGUGACUUUCAUUUUACGUCCAGAUCAACUGAAAUUACUAUUAAUACAUCAGCAGGGGUGACUAUGCCAUGUAAUUACCAAACUGCCCCUUAACUAAUCGAGCACUGGGGACGGGCAGGCUUGGGGUGCUAUGUAUUGUUUUGUUUUUGCUUUAUUCUCUAUUUUGCCUACUCAUAUGCAUUCUCUGGUCUAUGUCUGCCACCUCACGCUUGACAUAUACGUUCAACUAGCAUGCCCAGCCAUUUAUGACUACCUCUCAUACAUAAAACAUGACCGCAAGUUUUGGCUUGCUCACAGAGGCUCAACUAGUACUGUUAAUCGAGAACGCGAUGUUGAAUGUUUAGAUGUCGUAUAUCUUCUCAGCAUACUCAGAAUUAUAGAUGGCAUAUGUAGUCUGGAAUCUCUAGCACAACUAACUAAGGAUGUAUAACCUGUUACGCACACUAUACACAAACAACGUAUCUAUAUAAGUACCACGCUACGGAAUGCUACAGAAUAGAUAACCUCACUCACAUAGUCAGCCAGUAUAGCCUGAAUGUCUACCACCCGAUGUGCUCUCACACCACUGACUAUCGUUUUACUCUCUCUUACUCACCUUUACACAGAAAUGCGCAUUUGUUCAUUUUGCCGCAACUGUUAUGCAUUGUCUACUUCGAAACACGUUGAUGCUGUUGGGGCAUGGCGUGACUGUUUGUUAAACUAACCCAUGCACGAAUAAUAAAGACUUAUAAAAAAAAAAACCCAGUUUGACACAAACCAGGCAUACGACAUUGAAAGAACGAUAGCACCCGUAAAUGAGCUGUAGUCGUUAUGGUGCAUAGUGCAGGACUUAAUAAAUACCCUUAUAAUCUAGGAACAGCAGGAUUUUUUUUUUUUUUUCUUCUUUGUGCUGUAACGUCAAUGACUAACACUUAUUUUAUGGUUGGAAACAUGCACACUGCUUAUCUUUAAGUGUCCCUGUACAUCUCUGUUUAUCUCUAAAUGUGUGUAGCUGCAUGUACUAGGCGAGAGCAAUCAGCAGGUCUACCCCUCUUAUAAUCUUAUCAGCUUGAUGGUACUGUGUGCACAGUCCUGGCUGCUUACGUUGCAGGCUAUGAAGUUCAUAUUUCAGUGUGUCCACUUUAACUAGUGGACCACCUUAAUCUUUGCAGGGAAACUAUGGCUUUUAGCUAAUUAAAUCUGAAUUGUAAAAUUCAGGCUAAAAUAGCUGACUUGGAAAAAUUCUCUAACUCUGCUACAGUCACAGUUUGACUAUUUUACCCUUGAUUUUACAGUUUGGAUUUCAUUUUGCUAAAAUGUGUUUAGUGAAUAAUCCGGUUUGUGUGUCGGGAAGGCAAUCUGCGCCAUGCAGUCACUGACUGAAGGGGUCAGAGUUGCAUAUUAUAUAUAGCCUAACCCUUUCACUACCGGGAAUUGAUUGCACCAAUUAUUAAUAUACAGAUAUAGCCAAAAAUAUGGUACCCUGGCAUUUUUCUCAAUGCUUUCCUAUGGACUCUCUGCGCGAUGGCUGGAUUAACCUCAAAUGUAAACAUAGCAGUUUCUCUGAAACUGGUGUGUUUACAUGUGAAGGGUUAAAACCUGGGGGACCUGGCACCCAGACCACUCCUUUAAUAGAAAUUGACACUUUUUUUUUUUUUUUUUAAAUAUAAAUAUACUGGUUACACCCCCCUGGCUUUUCAAGCAGAUAUCAGGCCCUGUUACUUCCUGGUUUGGUUAGAAUUGAACUCAAGAGACAUCAGUUGCCUCCUGCACAUGCCUUGCAAAGACCUCUCAUUGAGCUGCAUUGGGAAGUCUGUGAUUGAACAAUCACAGAAAGUUUAGGCGAGGUUAGAAGAGGAAAGCUUGCAAAGGCUGCAGACAAGAUAUCUGCCAUUUUUGCAAGGUGUUUUAGAUCUAAUUCCAAUGAAAAAAAUGCGUAAUUAAUGGCAUGCAAGUUUUCAUUUGGGGAUCUAUCUACUAAACAGUGAUUUUUAAUUAUUUUGUAUUUGGACAAUGGAGUGUCCCUUUAAAAACACUAUUUAGCCCUCUUAAAUAAGUUAAUUCACCUUUAUUCCAGAGCCACAUGGGUCCACCGGCGCUAGCCCAGCCCCGGCCCCAGUCUGCCUCUCACGUACAAUCCAGGUGCUCCAGAUCCAGUGUUAGCAAAUCCCAAUUUAGCAGAAAUGAAGAAAGUCUUGUCCAGGCACUCAGGAUAUUGCAAAAAUCAGAUUUAUUAGAACAAAGGAGUAGUGUUUCAACCUGCACAGAGGCUUUUGUCAAGCUUGAAAUCAUUGGAUUGGCUGAGGUUGUCAACUCUGAUGAUCACAGCCAGGGGCAGAGCCAAACCCCACCCUGGCCAGUCGGUAUCUACUCAUAUAGAUGCUUUGAAUCAGUGCAUCCCUAUGAGGAUUGUUCAGUGUCUCCAUGCAGAGAAUGGAGACGCUGAACGUUGGUGCUGCACAUUGUGCAGUUCUGACCCAGGAAGCACCUAUACUGGUGGUUUGAGGAAUGGCUACUAGAGGUGUUACUAGGGAGCAAUGUGAAUACUGCCUUUUCUUGUAAAAGACAGUGCUUACAUUAAAAAGCCUGCAGGGACUGGAUAUACUCACCAGAACCACUACAUGAAGCUGUAUAGUGUCUCUUUAACAAGCCACAGUCGUACUUGAAGAAUGUCCUUUGGACAGCUGAAACAAAAAUUAUGCCUUUUGGCAAAUCACAAAAUUUUUGCAGAAUUAAAAAAAGAAACUUUCAAAUAAAAGAAUGUGCCCCAACCGUGAAACAUAGAGGAGGUUCUUGGUGAUGUUUUUGGUUUGCUUUGCUGCCUGUGGCACUAGGUUCCCAGAAUCUGUGCAGGAUAGGAUGAAAUCAGAAUACUAACAAGGCAUUCUGGAGCAAAACGUAUUGCCCGGAGUCAGAAAGCUGUGACUUAGUCAUGGAUCCUCCAGCAAAAUAAUGACCUGAAACAUACAUCAAAAGCACCCAAGAUUGAACAAAAAGAAAACAUUGGACUGUGUUGAAAACCAGAUGCUGCCGCAAUUUACUUUAUUUCUCAUUUUUAUUUAAACCCUUGAUACUUUAGUUAAAUCAACACAUGUAGCCAGUGGUGGGCAGUGAAAGGGUUAAUCAAAGCUUCAGCAUGUGGGGCUGUAUGAUCCACUGAGUAUCCAGCCCAUUACAUAAGCCGGUCACUACAUAAAGUCUAAUAGCAAUGGUGUGAGUUUUUUCCCCCAACUUUCAGUUGUCCAGGGAUACAAAGAGCCUCUAGGAAAGAAUAAUCGCUGUGUCAGAUCUCAUUUAUUAGUUGCUAUGGCCUGCCUUGUCCAUGGAGGCCCUGGAGCUUGAUUUAUCGAGCAGCGGCUUAGGGUCCUAUUAACGUUUCUGAAAACAGAAGCACAGUAUGUCUCAACUUUAAACCGUGACCAGAAUGCUGGAAUAUUGUAAGUAUGAUUUUUGGCGCAGUCUGCUGCAGUAACUACCUACAGAGUCCUCGUUUGUGUAGUUAGUUUUACCCCAGUGAGAACAGAGUGGAGGAAAAUGUUAGUGCUGCAGUAUUUUAAUUUGCAUUUUUAUUUUUUUAUUUAUAUUUUUUACUGCAAAUUCUAUAAAGUUUCUGUUUCCAUAAAUGUCCAAACUAGAGGUUAGAGCAGUGAUGGCUAACCUUGACACCAUUAAUUGUUUCUGGACUACAUUUCCCUUGAUGCUCAGCUAGCUUUAAGAGUCUAAAAGCUAGCUGAGCAUCAUGGGAAAUGUAGCCCAGAAACAAUUUAUAGUGUUAAGGCUAGCUAUCACUGGGUUAGAUGAUGGGUGUAGGUCUGAUUGAGACUCUUUCUGUUUUUCCAGUUCCGCUCUAAAAUUACCAUUCACAGUUUAUUGAAUAACCUUGACAAAUCUAAUUUAUUUCAAGCAGACCAACUAACUUUAUACCAACACAGCUUACCUUUUUACCUCUGUUAGGUUGUCGAGUGGUAUAAGGCAUAAAUUAUAGAAGUCUGGGCUAGCAGAUAGGAUGAGUAGCAUCUGUAGUGUUACUGAGUAUUUGGUAUUAAUUGGGAAUCUGAGACCUAAGAACAUAAAGUAUAAAAUAAGAAAUUUAGAACAGGAACACAUGUAUAUGCAUUGAGUGUCCAGAUAUUGUGAAAGACUCAGGAAAAGUCACCCACCGUGUUCAUCCAAUGCCACUGCUGGGCCACUGGGUGAAGGGCCAGUUCCACGUAGGCCUAUCUGCUUUGAGGCCAUGUUGUUUCCCAGUAAAUUGAAUCCGUAGUAAUGCUGCAGAAACCUCCAGUCUCGGCUCAGUGCCGUAACGGGGACCAGAACCACGUGUCCACUGAUUUUUUUUUUUCCCAACCCCACCCCCCUUUCCCACUCCAUGGGCCCGCAAGCUCUCAGAGGUCGGAAUUUCCUCACGGGUGUAUGGAUGGUGUCUCCAGGCAGCCCCCACCCCAGAGUGAGAUCCAGUGACUAAGUAUGCAUUACGCGGCAAACAGACAACAGGAGUGAUGAUGCAAGUAACUCUACUGUUAAUGUGUUCCCAGAAUUUCUGGCAGAGUGACUUGGCUCCAUAUUGGGCCCUGCAAUCGUGACCCUCUGAACCUAUGCAGCCCUGCGAUUCCAGCGUAGCGGCCAUCUUGGUCUCGCCACACGUCCCUCGAUGUGUUAAGGCCUUAGCCAUCAGUAAAAGAGUCCAGGUAACUCAGUGUAGACUGGAAUAUCACCCACCGGUCCAAAGGGGGGACAAGGUGGGGUAUAACGGGGCUGUUGCUGGUCAGCAUCAAUGUCUGCGCCCAAAGUCGAGGAAUCUGACGCUUUUCCCAACCACAGACGCCUCUGUCGCAGAUGGCCUCAAGCACGGACAUGAUGUCUAUACUGCAGAGCCCCCCAAACUGGGAUCAGGAAGGUGUGCUAGGCUGCAGCUUUGUCAGCAGGUAAUGCUGAUGCACGGACUACAAACAUUUUCACUUGAAAAGCUUGUUUGUAUCCUGAUCAUCCAGGAGCUAGAGAAAAACAUGUCCGUUCAAUUUGACUCACUAUAUGUAUACAUAGCACAAUAUUAAAUAUGAAUAAAAUAUAAAAAAAAAUAUUCCCCCCUCCCCGUUUUACAUUUAAUAAUUUCUAUACAAGUGCAACUAAAGAAAACAAACUCACUGUCCUGAUUAUUAAAAAUUACCCAUAUGUCUAGGAUUUCAAUUAAUGUUAAGUUAUAAAACAAUUAUUGCAAGGAAAGAAUUACUGUUUUUGCUAAAUUUGGCAUGUUGAGAUUGCAACUUUAAUAGUGGUAACAGAAUCCAAAACUGCUACAUAAGUAUAUAUUUCUAGAAAGUACAUCCUCCACGCUAUUUAACUAAACAUUUUGACACUUUCCAUUUAACCAUUUUAUCAUGAACUUUGGUCAAAUAUAUAGAUUUUGUGUUUUUCACACACGUGUCUUAAUACCACACAUGUCCCACUAAUGUAAACACCCCAUAUUUGUAUUCUUCUCGAGUAUAAUGAUAACCCACUUGUAUACAAAUGAAUGUAUACAUUUCCCUAUGAUCUAACUCAUAAGGAUUCCCCCUGGCAUCAGCAGAAUGAUUUUCCAGCUUAUACAAUACAGAGCACUCUGUAAUGCACGAUUGCAGCAGAGAGGGAGAUCUGGCAAAGCACAUCGAUCACUCAGCAGAGGAGACCUGGCCCUAAUCUUUUGGAGGCUCAGAAUUGCUGCAGCUCAGCUUGAUUGCUCAGCCAUAGUGCUUUGAGUGCAGCAUGUAGCUCAUGUGGGUGUUAAGGGGUUUAAUGACUGCACCUCUCCCGUUAAUACUAUCAUUUAUUUGUUUACUGACAUUCUUCUUGGGGUGUUGGGAUGGAAAGAUGGUGUUCUUCCUCAAAAUCAAUAUAUUUAUUAAAAAUACAUAUUUUAUGUCUCCUACAGCAAGAAUUAGAGACGCUUGGCAUAGUCAGCAAUGGUACCUCAGUGGCAAACCAGGUAAUGUCUCAUGUAUUUUUCCACAUUUUGCAUCUGCUAAGGUUUUGAACACAGUUCAAUUUCUGAUUAGUGCCACACAUUCAUAGUGGAAGUUCUAAAACCCAUGUGUUUAUUGAGAGUGGGGUUAGUACAAAAUCCCAUAGUGGUUGAGACCUGUCCGCUUGUGUGUCCACCAUUAAAGUAAUGAUUCCAGUGAUCACCUUGUAUUAUCAGUAUUUUAUUUAUAAUAUGAUGCAUUUAAAAAUUAAAGUCAAUAAAAAGGUACAAUUAAAAUUUACAACAAAGUGCAAAUCCGGAUAUGUGCGCAGUUUUAAAUCCUGAACUGCUUUGUUAAGGAAUGGAUUGGCAUACACAACCCUCUGUGUCAAUCAGAAUGCGUGAAUAAAAAUCAGAGACUUUUAUUGUAGUUUUAGUCCAAUACAUCAAUGGCAGAACUCCAAAGGAGUUUGACAACUCUGCUCUCUGUACUGUUAUUUAGAUUUUGCUAACUGAGAAUGUGUUAAUAGGAUGGCAAGCUAUAUUAUUUCUUCUUUCUUUCUUACUUUAUUUUCGACAGGCUUCCUCAAAUAACCUAGAAUCUGUAGACGAUAUUUAUUCAGGUGAGUUUCCAAUAUUCGCCUGAAUUUGACAUUUUUGGAUACUCUUUUAUAAUUGAAUAUUGUGAAAAAUAUUUUGAUAUUUAUUGAUCUAGUUUUUUUUUUUGACUUUUUUUUUAUUUUAUAUAUUUAAGAAAUAUAUAUAUUUUUUUCAAAUUUUACCCCCCAAAAAUUAAUUAUUUGAAAAGAUUAUCCAAAAUGAUGAAAUUUAGGACAUUGUUUGAAGAAAGUGACUUUGAAUAUAUGCCAUCACUAUGGUAUUUUCCAUCUUUCGUUCAAUGUUCAAAGAUGUAGUAGUUUUUAUUACAGCAACAUUUUUUAUUCAAUUUAUUUAGAUGAUCGUUUUAGCCUUGUUAGGCAUCAUCAGUGAGGCAUAGCUGAUAUCUCUCUAGACACUGUGAGGAAGGGGUCCACGUCUGGAUUACCCUUUAAACUUAUGGAGAGCAAAAAAAAAAACAAGGUGCAACUUGCUGGCAUUUCAAAUCUGGACUGCCCGUAUGGGUGGUACCAAUCUAUGUUUCAGAGAUGUUCUCUCUGUAAUGGCACAAGAUGAGCUAAAACCAGCUUGAGAUCUGAGCUAUGUAUACAUAAAGUGAAAUAGCAGGCUAUUUCAGCUUCUGCCCGUUCUCGGUAUCUCUUGUGCCCCGUUUUUUUGCUCUCAAUAAAUAAUAAAAAAUAAACGUGUGCCCCGGUUUUUUUGCUCUCCAUUAGUUUAAAGGGUAAUCCAGACGUGGACCCCUUGCUCACGGUGCCUAGAGAGAUAUCAGCUAUGCCUCACUGAUGAUACCUAACAAGGCUGAAACGAUCGUCUGGGGUUGCUGUGUCUCUCGUGCAGCGGGAACUUGCUGGCAUUUCGGAUCUGGACUGCCCGUAUGGGUGGGACCAGUCUGAUAUGUUUCAGAGAUGUUCUCUCUGUAAUGGCACAAGAUGAGCUAAAACCAGCUUGCGAUCUGAGCGGGGACCCACCGAAGAGCAGGCUAUUUCAGCUGCUGCCGUUCUCAGAAUACUCUUGUGCCCCGGGUUUUUGCUCUCCAUUAUUUUAUUUUAUUUUAUUUUUUAUUUAUUUUUUUAUUCUUUAUUUUUGUUAUGCAUAAGCAUAUAACAGUCGCUUGUGAGGUACCCCAAAGGCAUUUCUCAAGCGCAUUUUAAACAGUUGAGCAUAGAAGUACGUGAUGAAUCUAGCACAUAUUUUAUAAAUACGGGUAAGUCGAGAUAUAAACGGAGUAUAUUUUAGCUUAAUCUCUUCUAUAACAUAUAAUGGCAUUGUUAUGCCAACUAAACAUUUGCUGGGUUCACUGUGAUUUUAUCUGAGGUCUAGCCUACAUGUCACUCUUGUGCCAGUGCGUAGUCCUAAGAUUAAUGAUGGAGAUGGCAUCCGCUUAACACCCUUACUUUAAAGGCACAGUGAUUAAUUUAUCAAGGUAUGGGACAAGCUUAGACAACAUUGCUUUGUAUGCUGUUAUUCAGUCGUUUCAGUGGAUGUCUAUAUACGAGAUGUGAGAAUAGAUUUAAACGGAGUGCUGCGCCUGAGCGCUUAAUGUUUAAACAUGCUAGGGGUGUAUAGUAUAUGAAACUUUUAAGUAAUAGCCGAGUAGGAAGGUAUAAUAGCUAGGAAAAAUAGCACCUUGGUUAUAGACUGCCUGGUAAAAACAAGCCUUAUCUCCGCAUUUGUGGUUGCAGGAGAAUAGCCCUUCUUGGGUUUAGUCCGCUUUGAUCAGCCGAUGCCGGCUCUGGAUGCCUGAUAGGUGGGCCAUGGAUAGUGGCAGGGUUGGUGUCUCGCUGAGAUAUCAUCUCCGCUGAGCUCUGAGGAGGCUCUCUGUGUGUGUCUCCUGUGUGCAGGAAGCCUUGCUGCAUCUCGGCUUGCCUCAUGGCCCCCAGCGUGAGUUCUUGUUUGCCGGGUUGUGCCUUGCUGGUCGGUGGUCUCUGAUGCUGCUGGGUGAUGGGUAGGUCGUGUGUGCUCAGCGGUCUUGCUCUGAUGUGUGUGAGUGUUAGUGCCCGCAAGGCAUGUCACUGUUGCCCGCCAAUUAAAUCUUUGGUGUUGUCUCCUUCGGGAGGUCGCUUUGGGGGCUCACGGUGUGUACACACAUAGUUGGCAUAGAGUAGCCGGAUGGAUCCAUGUUGCUGCCGCUUGCCCUGCCAGCCUGAAGGGCUGGUUAAAGAACUCUUGGGUAUGCCUGGGUGGGGUGGGAUGGGUGCUGUUUGUUACAGGUUGUGCCUGUGUCGCCAUAGUCGUCGAUUUUGCUGUGGGGCCUUCUACGCUAUGUUGCAGUUGAUUUGGGCCACAUGUAGUGAAGCCAGGCAUGUCCACCAUUUUGGGCCUCGUUGCUUCUAUGCCGCGAGAGUGUUUACCAGCAUCUGCUGUGCUGUCUGAGUUUGUGGCCUCCCUGGCUGGCGGGAACCGGGAUAACCCCCUCCGGUCCAUGGGGGGGGGAAGCGAUGUGCGAUUGUCCCCUCUUCAGCCUGAGAAGUGGGAGAGCGGCCGUCUCUCCACGGCUCCCACCUGUGUAGGCCGCAGAUUGCAAUUUGGACAUUUUAGAGGCGGGGAGCCUCGUGUCGGGUAUCCCCGGAUUCUGCAUCCCCUUCUGAGCUUGAGGAUAGUUGUCCGAAGUCGGUGGUCGGGCGUAAUGCCACGAAUCAGGGCUUCAGAUGCCAUAGACGUCUGGCUCGCUCGGCAGGUAAGCUCCGCCCCCUGCUCUCCAUUAUUAUCAUUUAUACAGCACUGAAUGUUUAAGCUGUUUCCACGUGCAUAAUCCAUUUUGUGUUUCUGUCAUGUAAUUUCCUUUCCUGCAGAUAAUUUGUCACUGGAUACAAACUUUUUAAAAUCUUCACUUGAGAGUGAUGUCCUCAGUGAUGGCUUGCAAUUGGCUGUUUCUCAAUCCUCAUCCACAAAUUAUACUCAACCUGCUGCAAUUCUUAAUGACUGUGAUAUCAUUGGAGAUGAUGUGGACUCUCUAUUGGACUCUGAGAUGGUGAGAAUUUGUUGUUCAUUUUGAGGAAAUUGCGAGCAGAAACUAUAAAGUUUGCAUUUAAUUCCAUUAAAUUAUUAAUAGCAUUUACGUUUGUGCCUUUCUCUUUAGCUUAAAGGGGCACUAUAGUCACCUGAACAACUUUAGCUUAAUGAAGCAGUUUUGGUGUAUAGAUCAUGCCCCUGCAGCCUCACUUCUCAAUCCUCUGCUAUUUAGGAGUUAAAUCCCUUUGUUGAUGAACCCUAGUCACACCUCCCUGCAUGUGACUUGCACAGCCUUCCAUAAACACUUCCUGUAAAGAGAGCCCUAUUUAGGCUUUCUUUAUUGCAAGUUCUGUUUAAUUAAGAUUUUCUUAUCCCUGCUAUGUUAAUAGCUUGCUAGACCCUGCAAGAGCCUCCUGUAUGUGAUUUAUAUUUCAAUUUAGAGAUUGAGAUACAAUUAUUUAAGGUAAAUUACAUCUGUUUAAAAGUGAAACCAGUUUUUUUUUUUUUUUCAUGCAGGCUCUGUCAAUCAUAGCCAGGGGAGUUGUGGCUAGGGCUGCAUAAACAGAAACAAAGUGAUUUAAUUCCUAAAUGACUGUGAAUUGAGCAGUGAAAUUGCAGGGGAAUGAUCUAUACACUAAAACUGCUUUAUUUAGCUAAAGUAAUUUAGGUGACUAUAGUGUUCCUUUAAGCAGAACCUAAGUGAUUGCAAAAUAUUACGUAGAUCAGUAUAGAUGUCAGACACACGUCGUCUGUCAGUGAUUGAAUCAUAUAUCUGGAUAUGUUAUAUAAUUUCUGUUCUCUUAUGGUUUGUUUGGGCCUAUCUUUUGACAUAUCUUUCCCAGGAUUGAUGUUUUCUUCAUUUAGACAAAGUCCAAACAAAGCAAACUUUUUAUAAUGCAUGAUAUUUAUUUUAAUAAGGUACUUGUACACAUACUGCAUUUGAUAUCGGCUCUGUGCAGUCCGGAGGGAGGUCCCAUAAACUCCUGUGGGAACAGGGGACCUCCUUGCAACAUAAUUUAAGAGCAAAAGUUAUGAUACAAUGACCUUGUUAAGAUGUAUGGUGCAAAGCUAAUUAUCCCCUGUAAUGAAAAGGAAAAGUGUAUAAAUGACUUUUAACUAGGUGGCUUUACUUCUGUGCAUUAAUCAGAAUCCGUGCAUAUAUUAUCAGAUCAGUUUACUUCACAUUAUAUUUUACUUUUAAAGAUCUCUAAAUACCUGCAUUUUUUUUAAAGGGCACCUGUCAUGCCCAAAACAAAUUAUGCUCAUUAGAUUAUGCAUAACAUUUUAUCUAUACAUUGUGCUAGCAGUUUUGCUAGCUAUACAUUUGCGAGAAAUUAGGAUUAUUAUUUAUUUAUUUUUUUAAAUAGGUUUUUCUGCCAGUUGUCAGUCAAUGGCUCCGCGUGCCGAGGCAUUGACUGACAAGGGAGAACAGAUAAGUCUUCCACUCUUCACCCAGCUGUGGUUUCAAUGUAAACUCCCUAGCAGGAGCUUCAAGCCAUGCCGAAAUUGCUGAUGAGAUUUGCCCUGCUUGGGAAUGCACCCCAAAUUUACUUUGAAUUCUUGUUUUAGUAAAUGUUUAUGUAUGUCUUCCAAACUAAACAUUUGCUGAUACAUGUCAAGAAGUUCAAAUUGUGUUAUUCUGUUUUAAUGCAUGACAGGUGUCUCUUUUUUUAGUUUCAACCUUUUUAAUGAAUGUACAUCAGGGUAGUAGCAAAUCAUAAUUUCUAAACAAUGGGUGAUCCAUGUGAAUUUACCUCAGAGAGUAAGGUACAUAGAGUUUAUACGUUUUAUCUAAAGUAACAAAAAUCAAAACAUUGCAAUUCAACUGUCAUCACCUCUCUACUCGAAUCUAGAAUUGUUGUAUAAGCAUUAAAUAAUAGUACCCUAGCCAUGUUUAAAUGAUAAGAUAUGAGGCAACCCUGUGAAAUAUUUUAGAGAGAAGAGGGGAAUUGCUAGUAGUCUGUUUGGUGAGGUACCAAUUUUUAAAUUUGGAUGUGGAUUUCAUUUUUGUUUUUAAGGAUGAGUCCAAUGAAUGCAUACAGGGAAUUAAGGUAUAGAAAAGGAAGGUACUUUUUAAAGAACAUGAAAUGUUGGAAAGCAUGCAUGAAUGCACAAGUCCCUGUCAAACAUGUUUGAAAUAUUCAAAAUUCUAUCUAGAUGUCUGCUUCCUACAGCUAGGCUAGGCCUUGGUCUGUGCCCACCUAAAAUGUUUUCUUGCUCCCGUGAUGUCUUGUGCCCUAUUUUAUACCCAAAGCAAAACUCGUCAUUCCCAUAUUUUGUCCUCAUUAACAUAGGCUUUAAUCGGAACCUUUGUAAAUGUAAUAUUCCAUCUUGCAGAUGCAGCAGCAACAAGCAUCCAUCUUGUCAAGCCAGAUGACUCAGUUAAUACCAGUGUUUCCUACUAUAACCCCCUUGCUCUCCAGCAUGGGUGCCAAUAGGCUACCAGCACCUUCACCGUUGCCUCCAGCCUCCUUCGGUUUGUUGGACUCUAGAAAAGCAACCGCCACAAAUUUCAAAUCUCCCUUCAGUAUGAAUAUCCUCCUGCCUCCAGAACCACAUCUAGACACUUUGGACAGCUUUGAGGGGAGCCAGAAGACUUUAGAUUGUUUGGACACCUUCACAGGUAGCAAUUAAAUCCAUAUUGAUGUAGCAUAUUCUGAUAAUGCUAUGUGUCUGUAAAAAGAUUGCUGGCAGAUCAGCUUUGUAAAGAUACAUGGUAAGUAAAUCGUUUUGUAAAUAUUUUAGAUGGGAUUGGGAGCCACUGAUGGGGGUUAAUGUGCAAUAUGUAUGAGAGCUGUCACAGACAUUGACAGAGUUAUUCACCAAAAAUUUUUCUGAAUUAAAUCAAAUUGAAAAAAAAUGCUGAUCUGUAAAAACUCCUUAAUUGAGCUACUCAAAACCUUUUGCCUCAAUUUUAUUCAAUCAGAUUUAAUUUGUGAAAAUUCAGAAUUUAGUUAUAAACUAGGAGAUAUUUGCACUCUGCCCCUAUAAUGUGUGUGUGUGUGUGUGGUGACUGUGUGCAUGCCUGCAGGCUGUGUGUGGCGUGCGCCAACUCUGUUUGGUAUCUCUAAUUAGCACUGUAUUGAUUAUAGAGCUUAGAAUGCCUCUUUAAGUUUUCAUUGUUUUGUUUAGAACCUGAAAUGGCCAAGUUGUCUAAAACUAAAUCAAAUCUUAUCCAAUGCACCAAUCUAUGUUAACGUUUUUAUUAGGAGGAAAUCAUAUUAAUGUCACAGUAAUGUUAACUUUAUGCUUGCACUGAUUAUUUUCUGUUUGUUUUGUUUGUGCAGAUCCUAAACCGUUAGAUUCUUCAGUAUUGAAAGGAAGCCAGAAUCACAACGUGAGUACAAUUUAUUCUCCCAUUUCACAAAAAAAUGUUUCUGCGUGUCCAAGAAAUGGCUACCAAACGCAAUCCAUAAAUAGUGAAUUGAAACUCAAUUUAGGCUAGAAUAUCCAAGCUGUGACUGUAGUUGGAAUUUUUUUCUAAACUAUUAAGUUUGGCCUAAAGUUGGCAAUUCUAUUUUCAAAUCAUUCAAUUUGGUACUAUAAACAUAAAGUGCAGAGACAGACAGCUCAAAAAGCAUCCUGCAAUGCCUUAGCAUGCACCCACAUGUGCAAGUCAUUUUUAGGGAGGUUUGCUGCAUCUUAUGCUAAACUGUCCAUUCUGAGCUGUUGCGUAGUAUCAAGAGAUGUUUGGGUUUUUUUAGGCCAGGACUGUACUGUAGUACAUGAGAUUUUGAGCCCUGAGCUAUACAUAGUGCUUGCUAAAUUGCUUGCCAAUGAAUAGAUGAAAGUAUUCUUUCCUGAUGCUUGCUUUUCCUGCCUCCUAGAUGGUUCAGCAGUGGAAUUAGAGCUGCAACUACAAUUAUCUGUAUGCUACACCCCUUUGUUUCUAAAGUGCGUGGGUGCAUUAAGCAUUUCGAGAUACAUCUGCAGCAUUAGGAAAGUGUAGUGUGUGUGUGUAUAUCUGCAUCUGCCUGUGUGGCAGUACGUGUGUGUGUGUGUGUAUCUGCCAGUAUGGCAGUACGUGUGUGUUCACAUAAUUGUGUUUUUUUAUUUAUUUUUCUAUUCCAGCCUUAUGCUACAGUUGUUUCAUUUUUUUUUUUCACAUCAAACUACACUCAGUACCCCAUAAUGACAAAACUGAUUUUAUUACAUAACUGCAAAUAUAUGAAAAAGAAAAUAACUGAAAUAUCACAUUGACCUAGGUAUUCGGACCCUUAACUCAGUACUUAGCGAUUACAGCCUCAAGCCUUUUUGGGUAUGUUGCAACAAGCUUUGUUUACCUGGAUUUAGGUAGUUUCUGCCAUCUCUACAGAUCCUCUCAAGCUCUGUCCGGUUGGAUGGGGACUGUUCAUGGAUAACCGUUUUCAGGCCUCUCCAUAGAUAUUUGAUAAAGUUUAAGUCUGGGCUUGGGCUUUCGUUAGGCCACUCAAGAACAUUCACAGAGUUGUCCCUAAUCCCACAUUAACGUUUUCUUGGCUGUGUGCUUUAGGUCAUUGUCCUGUUGGAAGGUGAUCCUUCAGUCCAUUCUGUGGCUUUGAGCACUCUGGACCAGGUUUUCCUUGAGGAUAUUUAUGUAUUUAGCUGUGUUCAUCUUUCCAUUAUCACUCAACUGUUUUCCAGCCCCAGCAGUGAAAAACACACCCAAAGCGUGAGGCUGCCAUCACCAUGAUUCAUGGCUGGGAUGGUAUUGCGCAGGUGAUGAGCAGCGCCUGGUUUCUUCCAGAAAGGACGCUUUGAAUUGAGACCAUACAGUACAUUCCUCAGUUCAUGAGACUAUAGAAUCUUGAGUCCUUGAGAUGCUUUUUUUUCAGAUUUCAGAUUUGUGUCUUGCUGUAAUGAUGAGCUUCAGUAUGACCAGUAGUCCAGAUCAAAAAAGCAUUGCAGUGAUGGUUGUCCUUCUGCAAGUUUUUCACAUAUCAACACCUGUAUCUCUGCAGCACACCCAGAGCAACCAUUGGGUUCUUGCUCAUUUGUGUUAUCAAGGCCUGUCUCCCGAUUGCUCAGUUUGGCCAGGUUGCCAGCUCUUGGAAGAGUUCUGGUUGUUCAAAAAGUUUUCCAUUUAAGAAUUAUGGAUGCCACUGUGCUCUUGGGGACCUGCAAUGCAGUCAAAAUAUUUGUAGCCUUUUGUAUUCUUCCCCAGACCUGUACCUCGACACAGUGCUGUUUCUGAGCCCUGCAGGCAGUUUCUUAGCCUGCCAUGAUAUGCAUUUGUAUAGACUGGUGUGUACCUUCAAAAAAAAAUCAUGUUGAAUCAAUUGAAUUUGCCACACGUGGACUAGAAUCAAAGUCCAGAGAAAUUAGAUGCAUCCGAGUUAAAUUUUAAAGGAUCACUAUAGGGUCAGGAACACAAACAUGUAUUCCUGACCCUAUAGUGUUAACACCACCAUCUAGCCCCCCUGGGCCCCUCAUGCCUCCAUAAAUAUAGUAAAAAUCUUACUGUAAUCAACCCUGAAGCUGUAAAUAUCCAUGCCGUUAGACUCAGAAAACAAGCAGUCUGCUGACAUGUGGUAGCCUGAUACAAUCACAGUGCUUCCCCAUAGGAUUGGCUGAGACUGACAAAUAGGCAGAUUAUGCCUACAGUGACUCCAAAGUCCCUCUGGUGGCAGUCUGAGUGACUGCAACUGGAGGUGUCCCGAGCUUUCAAUGUAAACACUGUGUUUUCUCAGAAAAUACAGUGUUUAGAUGGGAGAGGCUGCAGGGAACUAUAGUUCUCACCUGAACAACCUCAUUAAGCUGAAGUUGUUCAGGUGACUAUAGUGUCCCUUGAAGCUAAUGAUUCUACUCACCAGAACAAAUUCAAUAAGCUGUAGUUGUUCUGGUGACUAUAGUGUCCCUUUAAAUGCUAUAUCAAAGGGCCUGAAUACUUAUGUCCAUGUGAUAUUUCAUUUUAUUUUUUUAAAUUGGCAAGACGUGAAGAAAUGAAGGGUCUCAAUACUUACUGAGUGCACUGUAUAUCAUUUCUUUUUCCUAAAUCAAAAGUUGGAUAGACAUAUUUAGUUUUUAUUUCUACCUACCUUGUGAAAUCCAUAAUUACUUUUUUGCUGCAUUUUCAGCCACUUUAUAUGGAGUGAAAUAUUGCAGGUAAGUGACUAUUGCCUAGAUUCGAUAGGGCUUUGUAAAUGUCAGAUUUUGGACUCUGUCAGAUUCAAAUCCAUUCUGUAAAAGUGUUCUCACUGUGUCCUUUUUCCAUGGCCCCUUGCUAUGUUGUGCCCAGAACUUGUUACUUGUCCCCAAUGCUUUGAUUGCAUUUCCCUUGGUUGGCUUCUUUUCCCAGAUGCUUUUUGGUGAUAGUCUUUGCUGCCAGUGUUAUAUGUGUGAGGCAAGUCACUUGGAGAUGCAGUUAGCUUCCAACCUACCAAAGUUCUUACUUGUGAUCAAUUAGGAGAAUCUCCUAUAAUCGUACCCAAGCUAUGUCUGUUUGCUUGAGAAAUUGGAAUAUUCUCCUGAUCGGUUAAGGGUAUUCCCCCAUUAGACUCUUAGAGGUAUACAUAUGUAAGUGAACAUGCUACAAGGACUGCAGUUAAAGGAACACUCCACUUCUCAAAUGGACAAAAAAGAAGAGAAAAUCACUGUUUAAUAGAUUUAGAACCCAUGAAUACAUGCAUGAAUUCAUUGGAGUGAGAUCUUAAGAGCUUGCAGUGGCUGCCGAUCUUAUGAACUGUAGCCUUAGCAAGUACUCCCUUUUUUCCCACAGGUAAAUAACCAAUCAGAUGCUUUUCAUUGGAAUUAAUUAUUUUCUCAGGUCCCUAUCUUUAUUAUGGAGAACCUGUUUUUAAGGUGUUAAUGUUAUUUGGUUGGUUGUUUACCAGGUACUAGCAAUUUAAGGUGGCUGAAAAUGCAGGACAAAUAUGUAAAAUGGCGCAGGGUUUAGCUAUUUCAAAAAGUUAUUAAAGUAAGUGGCUAUACAAUCGAAGGUUAUUCUUCUAUGCUUAAUGCUGUCAGACAUUGCAUUUGCUCAUCAGCCUAACAUGAUAACACCCAGGCUUUGACCUUUUUGAAAGCAUUAUAUUACCCUCUUAAAGAUGCAGCCUGUAACAAUGUGCUGAUAAUACACCAAGCAGGCACAAGGGGGCAUCCUAGUGUUAAACCUUUCAGACUAUAUUCCUGAAAACCAUCUUCUAAACAAAGGAAAACCUUUACUGCAAGGCUUAUCACAGGGCUCCUCUACAGAGCAUCCUCUGUGGCACCCUAGAAAGUGCGCGAUCACCAAUCCAAAUAGCUAUCCAAAUUCAUUUACAGAUCGGGUUUAAACUUCAUAAGAGUUAAAUGCCAAGGUGGAUUCAUUAAAAAACAUAGCCUUUAUUUUAAAAAGUUAAAAACUAUACAAAAUAUGCACAAUGCCUACAAAGAGAGAGAGUAAAUGCACACUAUAGAAUGUGUACGUGCACAUGGUCUUUUUUACUUGUUCCAAUUGUAGCUAUGCACAGUGCUGUGGAAUGUGUUGGUGCUUUAUAAAUAAAGUUUUAUAAUAUAAUGCACAAAAUGCAUUAUUUUUGUUUUCUUUUGUUUUUUUUGGAUAGCCUUCUCUCCUUAUAGGUCUUGUGCAUAUUUUGAAAUAUUUUUUUUAAAAACUCUUUUCAAUGAUAUAUGUUACGUUGAUCCGGUUUGGCGUGCAAAGUCUAAUCCCGAUGUGUACCUGUAUAGCUAUAUUCAUGAAAAUGCACAAUUAUCAGGUAAAACAUUCCAACCAUAGCUGUGUGCCAGUUGUCUAAGGCACACUUUGAUGUUGGACCCAGCUGUUGUCCCUGUGUGCAUUGCUAGGCAUCACUUUUUUGGCUUUCUUUAACCCCUUUAAGGACCAAACUUCUGGAAUAAAAGGGAAUCAUGACAUGUCACACAUGUCAUGUGUCCUUAAGAGGUUAAAAAAAAAUAAUUUUAUUUAUUUAUUUGUAUAUUUUUUUAAUUAGCUGUGACGAAAAAUACAAUUUACAUUUCAGUUGAGGGACACUGCUUUUUGCUGGACAUAUUUGGUUACCAAGUGAUUUCUAUUCUGGGUCUGCAGCCCGUCACAUCAUUUCCAUAGGUCUUCAUAAAACAAAAUCUUUGGCUUUGUGUUAAAUACAAGCGAGAUCAAAAUGAAGAGGUUCACCACAAAUAAAAUAAUACUUCUAUACAUGGAUUUGAGUGCAAGCAAUCCGAUUUCAAGAUCUCAAUCAAUGUUGUUUUCUAUCCUACAGCUCAGUGCAACCACCUCAAACCAUUUGAUGCCUCUAAAGAUGGACAUCGUGAUGCACAGAGGAGCUUCUCAAUUUGCCGUGCCAAACCCACUGGCCCAGACGUAUGACUUUAAACAAGCGUGUAUGCAGUGUUAUGUGAAGACAGGUACAUGUUGUUAUCUUUUCCUUUCUAUAAUUUCAUGGGCAAAUCCUGAAAUAUUAUGUGCCUGCAUUUCAGGUUAGGUGUACAGAUUACAGGCAGGAUAGUAAAGUCUGAAAAUUGUAUGCAGUACGUUUCUUGAAUUUUUACUGCAAGAAUCUAUGUCCGGAUCCCCGUCGGGUUCCUGAUUCGAAGUGUGACCUCUAGGAGAGUACAGCCCCCCAUUAACUUUAGGGGAGGCACCUUGAGAACGUGUGAAUUCACAUACAUUUGUAACUUCAACUUUAUACGGCGUGAUUAUUUUAUAUUUUACAAUAUCACACUAUGUUGUAUUUAUUUAUAUUUUAUUAGCUACAUCAGGUGUAUCCCACUUUAUCUUUGUAUUUCUAUAAAGUUUCUGCAAGACCAGAAGCAUAAAAAGGUUUAGAGAUUGAGUGGAAAGUCCUGGCACCAUAACUACUUGUUCUAUUUGUGUAUGCUAUAGUACAAGGAUGUCUCCUGUCAUUGCAUACCUGCAUGAACUGUCUGUUUGCAGCAACUGGCAUAAAUCACUGCAGCAAAUCACUGCAGCAAAUAACACAACAUCAAGCUUGUGCUUCCAUCAUUUUCUUUGUAAAUAUGAUUGUGGCCUAUCUCUGAAAAGAUCAUAAAUAAGUACAGUACUUGAAGGGGACUGUGCUGUGUAACAUUUUCCUUGUUUCACGUUUUAGUUCAGCUGUUGGCAACCCGGCUCUAUUCACUAUUUUGUGCUGGCCCUGUCUUCUCUUUAGCGGUGGUGACCGUCUUUUUAUUGUUUGUGUUGAGAUGGGCAUUGUUCAUUACACUCUUGGUUCCGUUACUGGGGCAGGUACUUUAUGGAGUCUGAGAAUACUCCGUAAAGUAAUUCUGGGGUUAACUACUGUGUGUGUUUUCAGUCAACUGUUGUCUUGUAAGCAAUGAUGUGAGCAUGUCUUUUGUUCUUCUACUUCCUAAUUAUAUUGGGAUAUGCCUGCACUAUAUUAUUUAUCCUUUAUUAUAAGACUUGUGUGCCAAUCAAGUUCCAGUGUCACAAGUGGAGUUCUUCUACGGUUGUCCCAUGCACAUCCUAUCUUCUGAACGGGUUUGUUAGUUUGCAGUCUAUGAAUGAGGGCUUGUCCUGUUUGUUGUCCUUAACUUACUCCUCCGAGAGUUUACACUCCUUUCACUUGUUCAGGCUACAUUGACAAUAUUACUCAAGAGCCCAUAUUCAUCUAAACGAGUGAAGAGUGUUUGAAGAUAGAGGUUAUCAGAGAGAGAUUUGUGGUAGUCGCAAACAUAGGGAUCCAGGAAACCUCUACAUAGUGCCAUAAAAGAAGGUCAAUUGGUAUCAUACAAAUAACCAGCCUGUGCUGAAUAUGCCUAUUUUUAUACUGUAUGUUUUUUUUAGUGCAUGUUUGUAUUGAGUGAUCCUUUUUAGCUAUUGGUACAUACUAUGCUGUGGGAGUUUUGAACAUGUCCUAAUUGCAGGAAGCAUUGGAUUGGCUGAGAUAAUCAGUCUUGAUAAUUGAUCCCAAAAUUGGUAAGGGAACAUUAGUGUUGGGAAUAAAUGUUUGUAUUCCUAACACUUUAGUGUUCCCUUAAGAUUGGAGUGACCAUAUGGCAAUAACAUUAGGUUCGGUCCGAUCCCUACUAAUACUGCACUUCACAUCACUUGUUAAAAUUGGAUUACAUUUAUUUCUGUGAUGAAUCUGUUGAUUUGUCUUGCAUAUCGGUUUGGUUGAAUCUACCAAUCAAACAACAUUUAUUUUGAAAAACAAAAAACAAUGCCAUAAAUUCAUACUGCAAAGAUUUGCUCUAAAGUACCAUUAUGAUAAUUACAAUAAUGUUUAAUAAAAAACAUCCCAUGGGGUUUCCCUCUGUUUAUUAUCUAGUUCCUUUUAAUUUUACAUAUCUGGUCUGGUCUGCUAUCUACCUAAUGUGCGCAAUGGAGGCGAUGAUAGAGCUGUAAUCUUCUUGGUCUGCUCCCCUACGCGCCGUCCUGUGAUGCCAGGAAACGGAAUAUAACAUCACUAAACGCCACAGCAUCACUAAACAGUGUGCGAGGGAGCAAAGCAAGAAGAAGAUUACAGCUCCCUCGCUGACUCCAUUGCACAAACACCCACCUGCCCGGCAGUCACAGGAUCCACACUGGACCCCAGGGACAGGAUUCACUCCAGCUCUCCCAAAUGUAGUGAGGCUGGGUGGACAUGCAUUCAAAAACAAAUAAAGAAAUCAUUUGCGGGGAGGUGUGAGAAAAUGUGUGUGUCUGUCACUGUGUGUCAAAUCAGUGAGAGAUUGUGUCUUUCAGUGAGUGAAUAUGUAUCUGAGAGUGUGGUUGUGUCACAGUGUGUCUGUCAGGGAAAGUGUUGAUUGGUUAAAUAGUGUGUGCACCAAUGACUGUUUCUGUCAGCGAGUGUUUGUCAGUUUGUGUAUCAGUGACGGUGAGUUGUCAGUCCGUGAAAGUGUGUGUCGGUUAAACCGUGUGUAAACCAAUGACUGUGUGUGUGUGUGUCAGUGGAUGUGUAUCAGUAAAGGUGAGUAGUUAGUCCGUGAAAGUGUGUGUUGGUUAAACCGUGUGUGUGUAUGAGUCAGUGUGUGUGCUUAAAAUAAUGAGGUAUGCAGAAGUGGAGUUCUAAGAGGAAAGAGUGUGGCCUAAAGAGGAAGAGGUAGGUCUUAAACAACAAAUGGUACUGCCUUGACAGGCAGGGGUGGUGCAAAUUAGGUUAGGAGUGCCCAAGUUUAGUCAUGCUUAGGGCAGCACAAAACCAAAAUACACCACUGGGUAUGCCUGUAAAAACAUGAGUUUAAGUUCAGGCCAGUGUGUGGCCCAAUAUUUUUGUUAUCCUUCCAGGUGAUACUCCCUGUUAUGUACAUUAGGGGCAUGAACAACUACACGGUGAAGCCGCUGGUAGUAGAAUCUCUAUGUAUGGCACUUCACCCAGAGGUUUUUGCUCAGCUUCAAGAUCGGUUAGGCAGGAUAUUGAUAGGAAUGACUUUCCAUUUACUAUGCCCUCCUAUAAUAUUACUUCCACAGAUCAUGGCUCUGAUAAUGCCAGUAAUCAAUGUUGAUCAUUUUUAUUGGCAUGGUAUAGCCUCUCAGUAUGUGCUAUCGGCAUCAAGGUCUGUGUCCUUUUGUUAACUAUGCCAUUUCCUUUCAAACCACUUACUUUGUUGCCAACUCUUUCUUUGCCUGACUAAUGCCUCAAUUUAAUAAUUUUCAUAAACUUUUAAACUGAUUUAAAAUAUAUUUGAUGGAUGUGUAAGGGAAUCACACUGAAGUCUUCCCCCUGUUCUACCUGUUUAAGGCAAAAAAACCCCACCUUUUUUCCAUUACUUUUGCUGCAGAGCUCCACACUUUUUUCUUUUUCUUUCUUGUUUCAUUCAUUAAUGUUGCUGCCUUAAACUGCCCUUCUUUGUUCCCACUUUCGUUCUUUUAGUCUUUAUCUCCAGAAGGGAUGGAAUUCUCACAUGCAAAAAAAGGAAUGUAUCUGUACGAAAAAAGUGUUUUCCUCUCCGAGUUACGAUAGAGGAUUUUGGAUUAAUAGUACAUAGUGCAUAAUUAUAAAGGACAACCUUCCAACAUGAGCUUGUGUAAUAAUACUAUUUUAGAUGCUGUAUGCCAUUUUGUUUUUGCUUUUAUAUUUAAAUUACAAAGCAUUUUAGCUGCAAGAAAUCAGACUCCAAUUUGUGUUACAGUUCUUAUUAAUGUAAAAUUGUUGAAACUAUCUGUCAUCUGUCUUUUCCUCCCAGGUCCCAAAGCUUUAGAUUUCGUUCACAGGGAGAAACUGGAACACAAGUGUAAAAAGGAUAUGUUGCUGGCACGAGGGAAGUCCUCUGAAAACAAGACUUGGCUAAAGAUACGUCCAAGACCAACAAAAGUCAAUUUUAGUGGGCCUUAUAUUCUGUGCAAAGGUAACAAAAAUAGUAUGGCAUAAUCCAGUUUAAAAUAUACAUCAAAGGAAAAAUGCAGCUGAAGCUUGUUGGUUAGUGUGGCCGAAUCAUUAAAAUUCAUAUUUACAAGAUUCUGUUUCAUCCUUUCACACCCAGUGUCAUUGCAGGACUGAAGGAUUUUAUUAACUCAGACAUCAUGCAGAAUAAAAAAACUAACAUGUUUUUGCAAAGAAAAUAACACGUGAUUGCCAAAUCUGUAAGACUUUGUAACGGUCAUCCUCUCUUGUUCUACAUUGUCACUGAGCUACUGCUGGCUAUGUGACAGCCACAAGGAGAAACUGUGAAGCCUGCUCACUGUGUUUGAGAUUAGAAUUCUGUGUGUGCUGAUGCCAGACACAGACAUUGCACAGAUAUUGCCACGUAUUCCAGUUGGCUGACUGACAGCCUUACACACAGAAGAAAAAAAAAAAGUUUAAAAAUCAAAAUAAAAAAUUCUGAAAUGAAACAUUUAAAGAGAGAGGCUGCAAAGAUCAGUAAAUGAAGUUCUUAGAGCAACCCUUUAAAAAAAUACAAUGACAUGAAUUAUAAUACUAUGAAUUAUGCUUCUGCGUUUAAUUACAGUUUUAAACAAAUGAUACCCUUUUAUGAAAACGUAGCUUAAAGUUCACCUUAAAAUUGGUAUAAGUCCUGCCCACGUGCACAUAAAGGUGUUCUUCUGAAUAUUGUAUACAUUUCUUCUUAGAUAUCUUGACUCGACAGGACUGCAAAUAUGGUGAAAAUUGCACAUUUGCGUAUUAUCAAGAAGAAAUAGAUGUGUGGAAUGAGGAGAGAAAGGGAAAUCUACACCGUGACCAACUUUUCCAUGCCUCUGGAGGGGCUAAGCCAACCAGUGUGGGCUGGCUACUUCAGGAGCAUAAAGGGAUCUUUAUCUUCUUGUGCCAGGUAAUAAGAUAAAGGAAAGACUUUAGCAGUGGCUACUGUUUAAAAUGGAGAACUUAAGUGUUAAAAACUCAUAAGUGAAUGUCAAAGGUUUUGGGUUUUUUUUCAUAAAAAAUAUACUUUUUAUCCCCUCCCUUCCCCCCCACGUCUGGUUGAAGUGAAAACGUUUUGAGUAGUUGGAUCUUCUUGGAGACCGAAACCUUCUGCUGUACUUGGCUCAUGAGGAAGUAAACUUGUGCACUAGCCUGUCCACCGUUGGGCAGCACUGAUCGGCUGAAAGAGCAGAAUGCUGGUUAGGUACACCACUGGAAUGGGAAGUGGAAUAACAAACAAACAAACAAUAAUAAUGAUUUGGUUUUAGUCUAGAUCCAAAGUGCAGAUCUUUUUCUUUGUUUUAUAUACGAUAGGAAUAAAUAAUACUAGUGGCUAGUGAUGUCCUGAAGGGUUCGACGAACGGUUCGCCGCGUUUAAGUUUAAUGUACCAUGACACAUUCCAGCCAAUCAGCAGCAGACCCUCCCUCCCACCUCCUGGACAGCAUCCAUUUUACAUUCAUUGUGAAGCUGCAUUCUUAGUGAGCUGUCCAGGAGGAGGGAGGGUCUGCUGCUGAUUGGCUGGAAUGUGUCUGUUGACUGUGAGGUACUGGGUAAAAGUUUACUCAAUGAUGAGUCCACGGCGAACCGUUCGGGACAUCACUACUAGUGGCAUAUUCAAUGUAUCAAAACAAAACAAAAAAGUGUACUCUUCGGUAUUCCAAAUGUCCUUUAUUGUGUACCUGUCAUGGUACAUUAAACUUGUGCUCAGAUUCCAACAUUUUGGCAAUGAGUGCAGAGUGUCUGCAUCACAGACAAAGGAGGUUUGCAGCGCAAAUCUAACAAGAGCAGACAGAGCACGGGUGGAACUGAGGUGGGUGCUACCAAAUAUUAACAACCGUGAAGUUGAGGGCAUGGCCGCACCGGAUCGGAGGUGAGGUGAGUUUUUAUAUUAAUAUAAUUUACGUUGACUAAUGCAUGUAUCUUUUCUUUUUUGAUAUUUAAGGGGGAUCCAUGUUUGACAGGUUCACUUUAAGUAAUAGCAUACAAACAAUCAGUGUUUGGCAAGUGCACGUCUUAUCUGGAAUACAUAAUUACAAAUUUUUAGGAGAUCUAUUUCUUGCUUUUGUUAUUGCAUAAGCUUCCUAGCAGGGUAUAUGUAAAAAGAAUAAAGAAAGCUCUUUUGACUCCAUAAGCACUAGUUUAAAGUUUAUAUUUCUGCCACAAAACAUGUAUAGGGAUAGGUUUCUGCCCAUACAGUAUACGUUAGAAUGUUCUACUUGUUGAAUUCAUUUGAAUAUCCCUUUUUUCUUUCCAGACUUGCUUUGACAGCAAACCCCGGAUCAUCAAUCAGAGAAGUUCUGAGAAACCAGAUUACUGCACAAACGCUGCAAACCAACACAGGUUGUCUGAUCACAAGUACGUACACAGUAUACUUGGUUUGCAGCGUAAUCCCUCUGAAAGCACAAAAUUAUAUAAUAACCUUCAUAGAGUUAGGUCUGCAAGUCACUGGCAAUUACUUUGUUCUCCUCUGUUUGUUAAAGCUGGUUUGGGGGGAUUUAUUAUAUAGUUUUGUGGUGCAAUGGACGGGUUUACUGACUGUUUAUUACUGUAUUUUCACCAAUCUGCUCUUCCCACCUGCAGGUGUCUUGUUCAUGUGCUUAACUCUAGCACUGUCCGAUACUCCAAGAUCCGCCAGCUACAUCCGCGCUUCCAGCUGGACAUGUGUAGACACGAGCUUCGUUACGGCUGCAUCCAGGAAGACACCUGCAAUUUUGCACAUAGCCACGUAGAACUGUGUGUCUGGCUGCUUCAGCGACAAUCUGGUAUUUACCACCAAUCCCAUAUUCUACUGGUGACUAAAUCUUGCAAUAUAAAUAGGGGGUGUUAUAAAUCCCUUACAUUUGAUAUAUUUUUCCUCUUUUUACUUAUGCAAAGCAUCAGGUUAUCUUAUGUUCCGUGUGCAGGACUUUGGAUCAGACCCAUUCCUUCCACACAUAUGUCACCUAUAAGACAAAAAGAAGAAAAAAUAAAAAAGCGCUAAAACUUUAGGGUAAAUAGAGACAUGUUAAGAAUUGGUUUGAAGAAUGCCCUCUUCAUUGUCACAAACUAUCUGUCUGUCUGCCAUUGUGUCCCCCAUGUGAAGUUCACACUAUACUAGUAUUAUACUCUCUUUAUACAAAAGUUUGGAAAAUAAAGGGUUAACCCAGGAACCAUAACCACUUCAGUGACUUGAAGUGAUCAUUGUGCCUGAAGUCUGUAUGUGCAGCGUUUUGCUAUGAAAUACUGCAUAUACUGAGUUUAACCCCUCUGCUGCCAGUGGCAUAACUCCAUCUUUGCCAAUGCCUUCUGCCUGUCUGGAACUAGAGCUCUAGGCUUGCAAAUAUCAAUUCUGUGCAACUUUCAGUCAGCUGAUGCUCUUAAACAAUGAAUUACAAAUGCCACAACUCUGCAGAAGCUAAACGUUGUCACCAGAGUACCCUGGUGCCAUCCCAGUAUAAUAUGUCAAACCCUUUUAAUAAGUUUUGGCAACUUACCUGGAACCCCCAGGCUCCCAUGGCUGCAACCACUGCUUCCAGUCUUCUCCUGCAGGCUUUGGUUAUUCAAAGUACCUGGCUCCCUGAAACUAUUCUCAACCAGUUGGAUAAAUUACACUGGAACAGUGCCAAGUCACUUCUGGUGCCAUAACCACUACAGUGGGCUGUAGUGGUGAUGGUGCAUAGAAUGUUCGUUUAACACAUGUUAUCUAUUCCUUCAUUAAAACCCCUCUGUUUUUUUUUGUUUUUUUUUAAAAACAUAAAAACUAAAACACUUGUCAGAUCCCGGGCGUCCACCCCACUCACUAGGGGGGUGCCUGGGGCAGACUGCAUUGCCCCUCCUGCACCCAUCGAUGAGACCAUUCUGCAGCUCUGCAGUGUGCAGAGCUGCAGACCAUGUGUCUCGCGAGCACUGCGCAAUCAGAGUGUUGCCACAGGUUACCACGGCAACGCUCUGAUUGGGUCUCGCGAAAACCAUGGUCUGCAGCUCUGCGGAACUGCAGACCAGAAAUUAUGGCCACCGGACCACCAGGGAGCCCCCACUGGACCACAAGGGAUUUAAGGUAAUUUUGUAGUCACCCCCCCCUGCAUCACCAGCCCCCCUCUCCUCAUCACCACCCCUCCUCCUCAUCACCACCCCUCCUCCUCAUCACCACCCCUCCUCCUCAUCACCACCCCUCCUCCUCAUCACCACCCCUCCUCCUCAUCACCACCCCUCCUCAUCACCACACCCCUCCUCAUCACCACACCCCCCUCCUCAUCACCACCCCUUCCUCCUCAUCACCCCCCUCUCCUCCUCAUCACCCCCUCUCCCUCCUCAUCACCCCCUCUCCUCCUCAUCACCCCCCUCUCCUCCUCCCCCCCUCUCCUCCUCAUCACCCCCCCUCUCCCAUCCUCCCUCCUCAUCACCCCCUCCUCCUCAUCACCCCUCCCUCCCUCAUCACCCCCCUCCCUCUCAUCACCCCCCUCUCCUCCCUCAUCACCCCCCCUCUCCUCCUCAUCACCCCCUCUCCUCCUCCUCACCCCCCCUCUCCUCCUCCUCACCCCCUCUCCUCCUCCCUCUCCUCACCCCCCUCUCCUCCUCGCCCCCCCCUCUCCUCCUCGCCCCCCCUCUCCUCCCCCUCACCCCUGUCCUCAUCACACCCCCUCUCCUCAUCACUCUCACUUCAACCCCCACAAUCACCCCUCCUCUCACAAUCAUCACCCCUCUCAAUCACCACAGCUCCCUCUCACAUCACCCCUCUCACAAUCACCCCCCCUCCCUCUCACAAUCACCCCCCCUCCCUCAAUCACCUCCCCUCCCUCUCACAAUCACCCCCCCUCCCUCUCACAAUCACCUCCCCUCCCUCUCCCUCUGUGUCUGUGUAUGUGAGUAUAUGUGUGUAUAUGCAUACAUCUCAGCAUUUCGCCUACACUACACACAAAUACAACCCUGCAUCCAAAUGUCAACACUACAAAAAAAAAACAACCACCACCAUAUUCAAAAAUCACACUACAGAAAAAUGCACUCCUGCAUUCAAAUGCCAAUACGUGCAAACACACCCAUACAUUCACUCACACAUACUCCAUACAAAAACAUGCUUACAUUCAAACACACAAACAGUGCUUGGUGCUAAAUACAUAAAAAUAAAAACACUGCUCAGUGCUAAAGGAAUUAAAAAAAAUUGUGCUUUUUUUUUUUUUUUUUUACAUUUUUAAGGGGGAGGGUGCCAAAUAUAGGAUCCGCCCCGGCUGCCAAAUGCUCCAGGUACACCCCUGCUGACAAGGGCAUAGUUAUAAACUCUGAUCUAAAUGUCAGUCUUUCUAUUUUGCAUGGAACUCAUUAUCAUUUGUCUCCAUCCUUAGAUAUCUAAAAUUCUGAGCAAAUUGGGCCAUUAAAGACAUGUAAACAUGAUUCCAAAGCAAUCAUUAUGAUGUCUGGGUUCAAGAUUGAAUGGAGGCACCUCUAUUUCCUGAACACUGAUAGGUCAAUUAGUGCUUAUGUGUCAUAGGAAGGGGCAGAGCAAGGGACCAUAUGGCGAUAACUGCAUUAUAAUAACCCAUAAACAAAAAUCUAGAUUGCACCAUAUUUUUAAAUAGCCUUAAAUUGCUUCACUGCUGAUUUUUCCUUUUUCCUUUUUUCUUUUUUUUGAAAGGCAACAUGGACUUAAUGCAAAUGUCCAGACUCUGGUACUGCAAGCAGUAAAUAUUUAUUUUGUAGGGAGUCCUGUUUGCUUUGCAUUGAAUAAGCUGAACUGUGCUGUCUGCUUCUUUCAGGCAUUUCACAGGAAACAAUUGUUCAAGAAUCUGAACGAAUGUGGAAAGGAUCUGAACCAAAAGCCAAGGUAAAUACACUAACGGAGAUUACACUCUUGCAGAGUGUCACCUGACACAGCCACCUGUACAGUCUGUUUUGUCUGUGCACCAUAAAACCACACUCCAGUCUCAUGUUGCAUCACCACUUGACCACCAGUCCAAACCACAGACUGCGCCUUGCUCUCAGUCACCUACUAGGGCUUCUCUCAGCUUUCUGUUCCUUCUCUAGAAGCCACUGUUCUUCUUUCCGUCACCCCAAUAAACACUCUUGAAGGAUUUGCUGUAGUGAAUAAUGCAGUGAAGGUAGGUUCGGGGAGCUUUCGCAAAGAAUUGUUCUACCCACACGGCAUAAUAAGUGAGAUUGGUUCAUGAGCAUGCUCAAGCUACUGUCUCGUUUUACAGUGCUCGUAUCACAGCAUUGCCCAUAUUGAGUAUACUCCGACACUUGCAACAAUUGCACUUUUUUUUUUUCUUUUCUUCUUUUCAAACCAGACAUUCCUGUUUCACCAGAUCACCUUUCUAAAUGCCUGUGGGGUGCAAUUAAAAAUCUCUAGAACAAAAGCAUGCAUCCCCUUUUCUCCUCUCUUCCAUCUUAACAGUUUUUCUUGUUUGUAUUGAAUUCUUGUAAAUCUACAUGUACCUUAUGUCUCUUAUACAGACGGAUUAUUUUACACUGUUACCUGGAAAAAAAACAAAACAAUCCUGUUUCUAAAGCAAAGAUUUAGUAAAGUGUCCAUAAGCCCCACCACAUCUUUUCUGAUUAGCUUCUACUUAUCAGCUAAUCCCCACCUUUUGUUCUGGGGCCAUAGGAGUCCACUCAAACUAUACUUCUCGCAAGCACACCUACAUACAAUAAUUUUUCAUGGAUUCAUAUGUAUUGUCUGCACUAAACAGCAUUAUUGUUUCUGAUGCUCAGCGUUGUAUGAUUUGUCCGGCAUUAUUGCCUGUGAUUUAAAUUAGCUUUAAACUCCUAAACAAUUUCAUCUUGUUCAAAAAUUGAUGGUCUUGAUGUUUGGUGUCAUCAUGUAAAUCAUGGUGAGAAGUAUUUGAUUGAUGGAGUGCACACAUACCAUCUUUAUGGAUUUAUUUUUUACUUUAGAGUGUUUCUCACAUUUUUGACAGGUGUAGAGUUUAUCAUCUUAAAUGUACGCUGGUUUUGUCCUGCAGGCAUGCGAUGUGUGAAAUUACAUGUUGUAAGGUGUUCACAGCCUGUUGCACUCUGCAGGGCAGGGAGUGUCUUGCUCCACACCCAUUGUAUUCUAUUUCACAUUGGAGAAUAGACCGUAACGAGGACAGGACAAUAUUUGGCAAACAGAAAGUAUUAACCCCUUAGCUUUAAGCGGGUUAGGUUUGUAUGGACAGAUAAAAAGGGAGAAAGACAUAAAAUGGUGACAAGUGUAUUAUGGGAAAUAAUGCGGUCUAUUUGUUUCUGGAAAACUCAUAAACCAUAAUACCAAAUAUAGUUUGUUUGUCUGCAGAGCCUUGAGUAGUCUUUUGGUGAUUUUUUUUUUUUUUUCUUUUUCUUUUUCUUAGUGUUCAGUUAUGCAAUAUUUAUAAAAAUAAUAACAUUAAGAAGCUUGUGUAAUGAUGCAAAAUCAGACACAGCAAAAAACACAUUGACAUUCAAGACAUACAUGGGCUAAUACACACCAAUAUGCCUUCUACAGAAGAGGUGCUCACAUACACUUUGACUACGCAAGAAAAGAGAAUUGAGCCUUGUUCCUCUUACCAUGAUUAUUCUUGCCAGUAACUGCUGUUAGGCCAGAUUAAUCGACCACAAUUAUUUUAUUCAAAUUUGAGGAUGGUUGCAUUUUAGUUUGAAGUUUAAGUUGAUGGUUUCUCUGUUGCAAUUGGUGAUGUUUAUAUUAACUGAAUUGGCUACUACCGUGUUUCCCCGAAAAUAAGACCUACCCCGAAAAUAAGCCCUAGCUGGAUUAUCGGGGUGGGCUGCAAUAUAAACCCUACCCCGAAAAUAAGACCUAGGCAGGGCCGGCGGCUGCCGGCCCUUUAAAUGGGUGUGCACUUCCUGUCAGUCCGGCCGGGUCGCGGACCGGAGAGGAGCUCGGCCACGCUACAGGGGAGGUGAGGAGAAGAUUGGAGGGAGGGGGGAUAAUAUUACUGGGAGGGAGGGGGGGAGUAUUACAGGGGGAGGAGGGGAGGGGAGGGAGGGAGGGGGAUAAUAUUACAGGAGGAGGGGAUAAUAUUACAGGAGGGGGGGGGUAACUGGGAGGGAGGGGGAGAGUAUUACAGGGAGGGAGUGGAGAAUAUUACAGGGAGGGAGGGGGAGAUAAUAUUACAGGGAGGGAGGGGGGAGAUAAUAUUACAGGGAGGGAGGGGGGAGAUAAUAUUACAGGGAGGGGGGAGAUAAUAUUACAGGGAGGGAGGGAGGGGGGAUAAUAUUACAGGGAGGGAGGGGAGAAUAUUACAGGGAGGGGGAGGUGAGGGUCUCUGGGGGGUUACACAGCGCGGACACCGGCUGACAGACUGGCUCUAAGCCCUACCCUGAAAAUAAGCCCUAGUGUGUUUUUUGUGACUAAAAUUAAUAUAAGACCCGAUCUUAUUUUCGGAGAAACACGGUAGUUUACACUCUUUAUUAAAAGAUUACCCUACACACAGUGGGUUGACCACACAAAAUCUAAUAUUGUGUGACCUUUCCUUCUUCUGAAAGGCAUAAAUGAUCACACUUCAGGCACAGUAGAUUGGAACGUUUCACACAAAAACUCUGAAAAAUGCAGUUUACUUUUUCUUUACCAUCGGCAGGUACCUUCCAAAUCACUUGACAUGAAGAUGAAGUUUGUCUGCAGCCUAUGCCUGCGCAGUGGGCGUGAGAUUGAGGCAGAUCGGGAUGGAAAGUACUGCAAUGCAAAAGCUAGGCACAGGUAUAAUGCGCUUCUUUGUUUGCCACAGUGUAAAUAGGUGGCAUAAGGCGUGCGUCUUUUUGUUAUCACUUGGAUUACAGGCAUUGGGCCCAAUAAAAAAUAAUCAGGGUUUUGUUUUCUGUUUUUUUUCCCACAUUGUAAUGAAUGAAAAUAAAUUCUUUUGUUUAUUUUUAAUUUAAUUUGCUUUAUGGUUGCUGUAGAUACUGUUCUUCUGUUUCAAUAGUGUUUUGGUGGCUAAGCAUGGUUAUUUAACAGAUCUUUUUCAGCACCUUUACUCAUGAACUACUAUGGAAUGACUUGUGUGUAUAAAAAUAAAAUAAAAAGUCUUACUGAUUGAUCUUCCAUUGUUUGACAGCUGGACAAAAGACAAGCGAGUCCUGCUUGUGAUGUCAAAGUCCAAGAAAAAAUGGGUUCCCAUCAGACCCCUGCCAUCAAUUCGAUUGUUUCCACAGCAAUAUGAGGUAAAUGUGUGGUUGGUAGCAGAUCUAAGGUGUUAUAUUAAAAUAAUACUGCACUUUGCAAUAGUGGUUAGAGCAAUGCUUAAAGGAACAUGCCAAGUACCAUAACCACUAUAGCUCACUGUAAUGUUUAUAGUGAUAGAAGUGCUUUGGCUGCCUUCCCAGUGUAAUUUGUCAAUGUUUUAGAACAUUGUAGCUGAGAAUGUUCAUUUAAAGGGACACUACAGUCACCAGAACAGCUAAAGCUUAAUGUAGUUGUUCUGGUGAGUAUAGGAAGUUCCUGUAGGCUUUUUGAUGUAAACACUGUAAGAAAAAGGGUCAGGAAUACAUGUUUGUGUUCUUGACCCCCUGUGUUUCGUAAAUAAUACAAUACUUGUACAGCCAAUACAAAGAAUGGGUUUCUCUUGUGAUGUAUUUGGACAAGGAGGUGGGCUUAUGCCUGCAGAUAUUUUGGUGGUUGGUUUGUUAAUUGUGGCUGUAGGCCAGAAAUAGAAAUCUAGAUGGAGAAACCCCUAUGCAUGUACAUGUUUAAGUUUUUGAAGAUUCAAUUUAAUUGUAUGUUCAUGAUGAAACAGAUUGGGGUUUUUUUUGUAUUUAGCUGUGAUAUUUUUGCAAUUUCUGCUGGGAGUUUUUGUUUGUUUUGUUUUUUCUUCUUCUGCUCUGUAUUUCAAAUGUUACUACAACUCCACACUUCAUUCUUGAGCCUUUUUUGCUGGCAUUAAGUUGUUUCUCCAAUGAUAAGGAUGUGCAGAAUUAAAUUAGAAUCUGAGAACAUGUGUUACAACAAUACAUCACUAUUAACUCCACAUCUGCAUUUUUUUCUCUUUCACUCAAAUAGAUCUGUGUUCAUGUACAGAAUGGGAAGAAGUGUCAGUAUAUUGGCAAUUGCUCGUUUGCACACAACACAGAGGAGAAGGAUAUCUGGACAUUUAUGAAGGAGAACAAAGGUUAGACAUCUUGUGAAUGUAAACAUUUAAGCGAGAAACUCGUAAUUCUAGCAUUUAUUACAUUGUGAGCAUUUCAGAACUCCCUACCUUACAGUGAGGAAAAAAAAGUAUUUGACCCCAUUUUCUUUUUUUUUUUUUUCUUUUUUUUUUUUUCAUUUCUUUAUUUUUAUUGUGCACGAGAAGGCAAGUAACAGUCUUCUCUGACUGCCUCUCUGCUAUUUCUAACUGGAUGGCUGCCCACUUCCUUAAACUAAACUUGACCAAAACUUCUGGUCUUUCCUCCCUCAAAUGUUUUUACUCCUGUGUCUGUCUCCUUCCAAGUCAACGGUGCUACCAUCAGCUCCACCACGCAGGCUCGCUGCCUAGGUGUUCUCUUUGACUUCUCCUUCAAGCCUUAUGUUCAAUCUAUUGCGAAAUCCUGUCAUUUCCAUCUCAAAAACAUUGCGCAUCUGCCCCUACUUAACGCCAGAUGCGACUAAGGUGUUGGUCCAUUCCACUGUCCUUUCUCGCCUUGACUACUGUAAUCCGCUUCUCAGUGGUCUUAUGUGCUCCCAACUUGCGCCGUUACAGUCCAUAAUGAAUGCGGUGGCGAGGCUCAUCUUCCUGUCCGCCCGCACCUCCCAUGCCUCACCCUUCUGUCAGUCUCUUCCUAUAAAAUAUAGAGCUCAAUUUAAAAUUCUGGUUCAUGCUUUCAAAUCUCUACAUAAUGCUGCUCCCACCUAUCUAUCCUCCCUUAUAGACAAGUUUGUCCCGUCUAGGCCCUUACGAUCUGCUGAAGACUUACGUCUAUCUUCUGUCCGUACUCACACCUCUGAUGCUCGCCUUCAAGAUUUCUCAAGGGCUGCACCGUUCCUGUGGAACUCGCUUCCCUCCUCUGUUAGAUGCUCACCCAGUCUCCACUCCUUCAAAAAAUCAUUACAAACCCACUUCUUCAUAAAAGUGUAUCAAUUAAACUGUUAAUAGCUCCUGACUGAUUCCUCUUCUGCAACUGUCACUAGUCUUAUACUAUCUUUACCUUUUUGUGUCAUUUUACCCCAUGCCCUCUAGCAUGUAAGCUUAUUGAGCAGGGCCCUCAACCCCUCUGUUCCUGUGUGUCCAACUUGUCUGGUUACAACUACGUGUCUGUUCGUCCACCCAUUGUAAAGCGCUACGGAAUUUGACAGCGUUAUAUAAACAUAAUAAUUAUAAUAAUAUGCCACAACAGCAGUAACAGACUACGAGAGAAAACCAGCACAUUUUUUAGUAAGGCAUUCAGGUUAGGUUUGCAAGAGUACACUUCUAUGAGAUGAACAGGCCAAAAAACUUAAAGGAAACAAAGAUAAAUAAUCCGUCGUGAUUCAAUGGAAUGUAACAUUAAGAAAAUAUGCCCCCGGUGUGUUGUAUAACAAGCAGAAUAUGUGAGCACCACAUAUUAAAACACCCCAGCUAGCAAAUUACAUCCACAGGCUGUGUGUAGACAUGUAAAAGGGGUCUCCACUUUCCCGUUAUAGGAAUGGUGCAGUGCCACACGACAUUCAGCUUGCCCAGUGUCAAUAUAAGCUGUGAGUUCCCUGUGCCUAGCUGCUGCCAUUUCCGGCCUACUUCCUUCUGUGCGGCCACAUGCUUGCCUUGAGGGUAGAUGUAGCUGAUGCUGAUCUGCUCUUCACCUUCCUUGAGGUAGGUCAGGAAGGCAUUCACCGUCUCGGACUGGUUUUAUGGCGUCGGGAACUGUGGAGCGAUCUUUAAGGUGGUGCAGGAGCCUUGGGUUUUCCUGUCACUCAGCUUCCUCCAGAAGGCGGCAAACAGUGCAUCUAGCCUCUGUAGGAUGUUGGGCACCUCUCCCAGGGGAUCCGUGGUACACGCGGCUUCCGCCAUCUUGGAAGAUUUACACUGGAGCCGUCUGUAACUGAGGAACAGCCACGGAGCACUGAUAUAGUAGGGCAACUAUUGGGGUGAGGACUGGGAUAAACGCCAGGAACAGGGCUGAAGGUGGGGGUCAACGUGUGUCCAGCAACUUGCUGUUUGGGAGAGCGUCCACCUCUCCCAACCGCCUUCAGCACUAGGCUGCAGAAAGCCCCCCCCGGAUCACCAGCAAGAUGUCAGGGCACUACAAGUAACCUCCGCUCAGCAGGUGACUAGCAGGAUUGAACUUAGACAGAAUAAUUGCCCUGAGAAGCGAUGGAAUCAAAGGAUUCCUUGACUAGGCGAGGAGCUCUAACCGAACGCGUUCUGCCACCAUAAGUCAAUGAGAAAAAACUGUUAAAAUACACCUACCAUUAAAAUUAUAGACUUAUUAAUUCUUUGUCAGUGGACAAACGUUCAGAAUCGGCAGGGGAUAAAAUACUUUUUUUCCCUCACUGUGUAUUCCUUGUAUGCUCACAUCAUCCCUGUGUUGUAGAGCCAGUUAAAGUGGUUGAUUUGUAUAGACCAAAAAUAAUGGACAAUCAUUAAGGGAAUUCAACCUUUAAAAAAAAAAAAAAAAAGUCAACUGUGGUGUGAAUUGUUAAUUUUUACCUGUUAUGACAUGUCUCCGAAUGAAAUGAUCUUCCCAUAAUACAUUGCUCGGUGUUAUGCAUGCACCCUUUUUUCAUAACUUGCUGUGAGUAGUUGGUUCCACUCCAAACAUCCCAUUGUUUAGUGCAUAAACUCAAGAGUCCAUCUUCACAGUGCCCUGCAUACUUCUAGCAAAGUCUUUGUAAACGUUGAACAGAUGAAAAGGGGUAGGAGGAUUAUAAAUCUGUUAAAAAUGAUCUAACCAAUUUAACUUAAUUGUGUAGACUUAAUGAAUAUUGGGUUCAGCGUGAUUGGUGUUGCUUUUAUAAGCUUCAGUAACAUUUACCACUGCCUCUCAAACAGUAGCAUAUUUCCGUGCUCUCCACUGUUUUAUGAAUACAUUAUAAUAUAGGGCUAUCGAGCAGAGUGACUUGCACUGCUAUAUUUUAAUCAUGAAAAGAUUGUGUAAAUGUGCUGUGUGUCACUGCAGUGUUUAACCCUUUAAAGGGAUGCUGAUAAGCCCUAGAGCACUUAAGCUAAUUGUAUGUCCCAGGUUCAUAAAAGUGACCAUUUUUAAUCUGCAGAAUUCAGCACUUUUAUUGAUGAUUUGUGACAAUUUGGGAACUGCCCCCCAUGGCAGUCAAGCUGACAGCCAAGAGGCUUCCUAAUGUGUGUUUGUGUGUGUCUGUGUCUAUAUAUUCACAUAACGUGUCUCUAAGUGUGCUGUGAAGUCUCAAAAAGGUACAACUCAGGGAUUUAUUUAUUUACCAUAUGCCUUUUAUUACUCUAGGUAAUUUCUAACGUAAUAGCCACUUUAAAAAAAAAAAAAAAAAAAGUGUCUUCUUACAAUGUUUCAGCAUAUAUUUAGUGGGUUUAUUUUUGAGAAAUAUAAAACAUUUCCCAUGAUUGUAUACGUAUGAGAAUCUAUUAAGGGCACUUACAUUUCAAAGUGAUGGAAAAAUUGUGAAGUUCAGCAGUAAAUUUGUAUGAUUCAUCCCCAUGAUAACACUGAAAUAAAUAAACGUAGGCACUCUCUCCGCAUGUACUUCCUUAUUUCUAAAGAUACUGUAUAAUUAUCAUGACAAUAGAGAGUGCAAAGUAUAUCUCUCAUACUUCUAUGAUAUAGAGCCUUUAGGUGAUACUGUAGGCCUAAGGAACACUCCAAACAGAGUGUCACCUCCUUGUCGCCCGGGGGGCUGUCCCUGCCGUCCAGUGAGGACCCAGCCACCAACUGAGCCCUAAUAGCAGGCUCGUACCUCAGCAGGGGGGGAGAUAUGAGAAGGGGUAUGCCAAAAGGGGUCAUUAGCGAAACACUGUUAUAGAAACAAAUGUUUGUACUGUUACAUAUUGUCAAACCACAAAACUAAAUAAAGAAUGUCAAAAAAAAAAAAGUGUUGAUUUCAAGAGAAAGCAGCACUUUUUUUAAACUUGCAAAUUUGCACCCUACCUUCUGCCAGACAGCUGGGAGUGUGCUCUUCCUGAUUGCAUUGUGCCAUAGCACAAACUUGAAGCAUAUGCUUCUCCUUGCGAGGUAUUGCAGAUACCAUGCAUGAGUCCUGCCACGCGAUAAUGCUGUGUGAGAAUUAUCGGGCUGAAGAUCUCCCGGGAGGUUGAACAGAGCUGCAUUGUGGGACAAUCUCACCACUGGAGUAGAGGUCAGGGAACCCUUAAUUUAUAGAUAUAGAGAGGAAGAAGGUUCAGAAGACACCUAAACACUCCAUUGUUAUAAAUCGACAAUGUGAAACUUACAGAUUGCAUUUCAUUGCCUUCUGCCCACAAGUGGGAUUAAGCAAGAAAUAAAAAAACUUAUUCUGGAGUGGUUAAUUUAUUACAAUACAUAAAUAUGUUCUCAAUAAAAUGAGAACUUUUUAGCAAAAUCCCUUUAAAAAUCAUCUUAUGAUCUGAUGUUAUGUGGUGUAUCCCACUCCAAAGAGCGGGGGAACCGAAGCCAAAAUAUGUAUCCGCUUUUGCCAGUUAUCUUUCUGAAAGCUUUCUGCAUGUUAUGUGCAUCCAUGGAAACAUUUGUUGGUGAUACCUAAUAUGAGACACUUGGGAGUUGGGAUGCACACAUCCUGGGGCCAUAUGUGAUUCCUCAAAUGUAUCUAAUUCUUGUUUUGUUUUUUUCUUUACUCCCUUUUUUUUUAUUUUUGCAUUUUGUGUCAUAACCAUGUGUUGAAGAUUUUAGAUUUUUUUUAAUGGUUAUUUAGAGAAUGUACUCCAUCUUUUUUUGGUUUUGUUUUUUAUCAUUGUAAUGUGUUAUCAUGCUGAGUCAACCUUGUCUCUCUCUUUAAAGUCCUGGAUCUCCAACUGAUUUUUGACUUGACUAUGAAGAACAAUUGCUCAGCAGACAAAGCUGCAAAGGGGGCAUCAGCACCUCAGAAGGAAACAGAGAAGCAGAUCUUGAUGCCCACCGAUUACGCAGAUCUUAUGGUAAUUUUCCUGAUGGUCCAGCUCACCUGUAUAUACUGUAAGGCAGGACAUGCAACCUUUAAACCAGGAACACGGGCAGACUGCUUAAAUAUAAGCAAGGUUUAUUUAAGAUUUAUGCAUAUAUCGCUUAAGUAUAUUUGCGACAGAAGUUAAAAUAAUCUGAAGAAUUCUAGAUUCUAGGGUAGUGGAUUCCGACUACUCGAAGCACACCAAAGAUCUAGUUUUUCUCAGUAUCCUCCCUGGAACAGAAUUGGGAAAUGCAAAAUGAUGGGCUGAUGUUUCUUAGAGAGUAAUUGUUACUUCCUUAACUUUAGCACAGAUUAAUUACUAAUUAGAACAUAACUAUUGCUUGUUUUUUUGUUGUUUUUUAUUAUAUUUUAUUAUUUCAAUUUACAUGGCAACCGGCAACUGCGAUCGGAGUUAUUCACUGAGUGCAAGUGACGUGAGGGAGCUUACCGCAACCUAUUCCUCUUUGGGAGGUGCAGACCACAUGCUCCCUUACUAUAGUGAGGUGGUGCCUAUUAUGGUGCUGCAGAGUAACCCCAACUCACGUACACUGUGCCCAUGGUGCAUAUACCCCCAGGGACUCUUGAAUCAGGGCAAUAGAAAGCAUUAUGAGGACAGAGGAGAAUACAUACUUUGAUUAGCUUUUAGUUCAUAUGUUUCAGCAAAAGGAAUGGCCUGGAUGCAUUUAUAGUCCUAAAGACAGCCAUACUGUAUUGAUGUGUGCUGUGGCAAACUGAACUUUCUAAAUACACGACCAUACCUUGAUCGGAAAAAUAAAAUUUGAGAGUGGAGCAAAUGUAGUAUUUACAACCUGGAUUUAAAUCUUAUGCACAAACCAAAUUAAGGGAUAGUUUAGAUAGUCAGAUAUGUAUACAUUGUGCUCUCUAGAAAAAGUAGUUUUGUUGCUUGUAAUGUGAGUUCCAAUAGUAUGUUACUAUAUUUAAUACACACUGUUGCCCAUUCUAAUGAACCUGAACAAUUCAUCCAGCAGAGUCUAAUAUUUUCUUUCUCUUUCAUCUCUUCCGUUAAAGGCUGGAUUUCACUGCUAUCUGUGUGGCAAAAACAGCAACAGUGAAAGGCAAUGGCAGAAGCACAUCCAGUCUGAAAAGCAUAAGGACAGGGUUUUCACACUGGAGAAAGAGGAAAGUACCUGGAAGUUCCGUUUCCCUGCCGGAGAGUUCAAGCUGUGUGAACGGUGAGCCUAUGCACUCCUACGCAAUCUUUCCUUUCAUAAAGGACUUUAACACAGCUUCCCAAACCGUUUCAAAUUAUCAUCAUAUUGGCAAGCUAUAGUAAAUUUAGCUGUAAUGCUAAAGAUCAGAAUGUUUUUUUUUUCUUUGACAUUGCAUUGCUUGCUUUUACAUGCUCCGUAACCAUUUCUGAUUAGAACAUUAAAUAUAUGUAACUGAGUUCAGUAAUUCCCAUUAUCUCUUUGUCCAGAGUAGAACCGGUUGUUAGUAGUGGUUGUUGAUUUUGAAUGUCCAGUAUGAUGAAAGCAAUCUGGAUUUUCAAGUUUGUCUGCAAAACAAUCUAUACACCAAAUAUAUCUGUAUUAAACAUGCCAGCUAUGCAUCCCAUGCUUAGAUUACUUAUUAUGCUAGUAUUAUUUAAAUCAAAAGGUGCUUGGGAAUGAAAGGGUUAAGAUGUAGUGUGUGUACGUUUCCUGCUCAGGGGACCAGUUUAUCCAUUGAUCCUCCUGAUCUGCUUAAUUUACAAAGGAGACAGCUUGUAACUCGUGGGAACUACAUAACCAGUCAUAGUCUUGGUUACUGGGUCACCAAAGCAUUUAUUGUUUAUCAUGUUUUGUGCUGGCAAGUAGACCUAUUAUUUUACUUGUAAUAAAUAAUUUUACUAAUAAUAAAGUCUGUUCACUGAGAGAGAGCUGCUUGAUGCCAGAGAGCCACAUGGAAUUACCUACAAUUAAUUGAUCAAUCACAUCUUCUCUUCUGCCCUCAAAGUAUAAAGAUCAAUUCACCCUGGCAAUGCUUGAUAUUCAGUUAGUGAUUUAUUUUACCAGCUACCUUUCAGACCAAAAACAAAUGAUGUAUUGGUUUUGAGCAAUUUAAAGGGACACUAUAUUCAUCAAAACAACUUCAGCUUAAUGAAGCAGAUUUUGUGUAUAGAUCAUUCCUCUGAAAUUACACUGCCAAAUUAGGAGUUAAAUAACUUUUUUUUUCUGUUUAUACAGCCAUAGCCACACCUCUCCUGGCUGUGACUGACAAAGCCUGCAUUAAAACAAAAUGGUGUCAUUUUUAGUCAGAUGUUACUUUAAAUGUUUUUAUCUCCUGCUCAGUAAAUUGAGUGUUAAUUGCAUACAGGAGGCUCCUGCAAGGUCUAGCAAGCUAUUAUCAGAGCAGGAGAAAAUAAAUUUGAAAUUAAACAUACUUAGCAAAAGGAAGUGUAAACUUUAGAUGACCAUCUGCAGCAGGGGUAGUCAACCUGGUCCCUACCGCCUGGUUUGGGAUUUCAGGUGGGCGGUGGUGGGUUCUGCAGAAAACGCCCAGUGGACCUUGAUGGCCGUGGACCAAGGCCGGCAGGGGAGAUCAUUUCAUCUCCCUUGCCGGCCCAUGCAGAGCCAGUCUUGCUGUAAUCACUUAGUUUCAGCAGAGGGAGGGAAGGGCCUGGGAGGCUCUGUAUUCCUCCCGCGAGCAGGCUGGUCAGAGCGUUGCCGCGUGUUACCAUGGCAACACUCAGAUACAGCCCUGUGCUCACAGUAGGACAGGCGAAUAAGCCUGCAGCUGGAGGAGCUGCAGGCUAAAGUGAACAUGCCACCACGGAACCACCAGGUCUGGGAGGGGGAGGCAUUAAGAUAGAUUUUUCACAUCUCACAAACCUACACACAGCAUAGACCCUAUGCACCCUUCACACACAAACACACACUGCAACACACACCACCUCACAAACACACAUCGAAAAAAGUAGAAUAGAAAAAUCGAAAAAAAUACGUACAUUUAAGUAUGUAUUUAAAAUAAUAAUAAUCGCACUUGCGCUAUAAAAUUAGUUACUGCGGCACUGGUGAGCGGUAAGGAAAUGUUACCAUCAGCAAAUAUACAAAAGGGGGCAGUAGGUAUUAAAAGGUUGACUACCCCUGCUCUACAGGAAGUGUAUAGUGUCCCUUUAAAGCAAAUUAAUGAUAGACAAAAAAAAAAAUCAUGCACACACUUUAGUUUCCUAAAGUGUUCUUAAUCUGGCUUUCAUGUCCUCAUAUGUUGUAUGAUGUCUAGAAUAGGUGCUGUUUAUAUUGUAGGACUGUAUUUUGUAUCAUGCCCAUAAGCCAUUGGUUUUAUAUGACACUGUGUGUUUUCAUUCGUGAAGAAUGACCAUUCUUUACUGACUUCAUGUUUUAGGUACGAAGAGACCAAGAGUUGUCCAAAUGAGGCCAAUUGUCCAUUUGCUCACGGCCAGGAAGAACUGAAAGAAUGGCUGGAGAGAAGAGAAUUCUUGCAACAGAAGGUUACCAAAGCACGCAAGGACAUGCUGCUGGAGCAAAGUGACUCUGACUUUGGCAAAUACACUUUCUUGCUGAAGGAUGUGGCCUGA